GUAGUACGACAGUGAAUUCGCGUGUUGAGCUUGAGUUGACAGGCGAUAUUAUUGUAACUCUUUCCAAACUAGAUAUGGAUUUUAUUUAAUUCUGUGAUUUGGAUUUUAGCGGUUUGGGUACUAAAAAGGGAUGGCCUACCGUCAACAAGUCCCACCAUCCCCUAGCCCCUCCCAGAGAAGUGACAGACGUGUAUCCUCACGGAGUCUCCAAGUUAGAGAGGGGAGUGUGAGAAGUCAACAGAAUGGCCAAGACAGAAGAAGUACAACUGGUAGCAGUAUAUAUGGCUACCUUAUUGGAGGUAGGGGGAUGGAAGCUAAAGAUAUAUUACCAGCAUUAAGAACAGGAGCAGUAGUAUUAACAGGUGGUCGAGAUCCUGAAGGUGGUCCAAUCAUAACAUUUCCAUGUAAUAGAACUCGUAUAGACGUUACACAUCAAGAUAUCAGUACUUGUCUUAAAUAUUUAGUACAAAUACCAAGUGAAGAAACUAAGAGACGAGGCUUUACUAUAAUAAUAGAUAAUAGAGAUGGAUCAUGGUCGAAUUUAGUUACAGUUCUCGGUUGUCUCAAGCAAUGUUUAGGAGAUUAUUUAAAAGAAGUUUAUGUUUUACAAAUGGAAUAUGAUAGAAGAGCUAAUCAAAGAAAAGAUAGCGUUAAUAUUCAGCCUCGUUUUGUGGUAGAGAGUCAACUUCAUUCAUGUAUUGAUAGAAAUCAAUUACCAGAAGAGGUCGGAGGUUAUCUCACAUACAAUCAUAGUAUUUGGUUACAAAAUAGACUUGAACAAGAGAAGUUUAUGAGAGAUGCCCAGUCUAUUGUACAACAUUUAGAUAAUGAAGAAGUUAAAAUACAAAGAACAUACAAUAUGAAAGAUCCACAUGCUAGUCCGUUAGAAGCUUUAAGAGAACAUCGAUAUUUUCAAGAAUCUAUAAUGACUGCACCUACUGAAGUUAUAAGGCAGGGGAGAGAUGUUUUAUCCCAUUUACAAGAUAAAGGUAAUGGUCGAUUCCACAGUGGAAAUGAAUCUGUUAGUACAUUAGAUAAUCUAGAGGCACAGAAACAAGUAAAUCGUGUCAUACAAUAUCUAGAGAAUCGGGUGGACAAACUACAAGAUUUUCUAGAAGAUCGGGAUAAAUCUCUAAACAUGAAUAUGCAGACAGAAGAAUGGAAAAGAAGUAUAAAAACAGUGGUAAAUUGGAUUUUGGGUCCAGGUGAAAAGCUUUUAGCAUCUAGAACAGAUAUUGGUGAUUCUUAUGAAACUGCUGAAGAACUUAGAAAAAGACAUGAAGAGUUGCAGAUUAAAUGCACAGAUACUUAUGGUCAGUAUGCUGAAUUAAGACAUCAAGGUGAAGAAUUAUUAAGUGAAGAAAGUCCAGCAUCAAGUGAUAUAAGGGCAGAACGAGAUUAUAUGGAUACAGUUUGUCGUAGUUUUGCUUCCAGAUUAGAAAGAAGAAAAAUACUACUGAUAACCUCAGUUAGAUUUCAUAGAUUUGCAGAAGACUUUUCACAACAACUUGAUGCACUUUUAGAAUUACUUUGUUCAGAUGUAUCAGCAGAAACUGUAACAGAAGCAGAAGAUGCAAUUAAAAAGUUAAAUCAAAUGUGUGAUGACAUUGAUCACGCAGCUCAACAAACCCUUAAUGAUGGGCAGAGUUUACUAGACGAAAUGUCUAGACCAAUUAAAAAUGCUUUUGGAAAUGACAUCACACCAGACUAUGAUGGUCAUAUCAAACAUAUCAAUCAAAAACUAGAAGAAUUACAAGAACGGAAAUUACGAUGUGAUGAAUUGGCUGGUGUUAGAAAAUUAAAGUUACAACAAAUAUUACAAUUACGAACAUGUGAACGUGAUGCAGAUAAAGCUAUUGAUUGGAUAGAAGAACUAUGUACUGUUAUGGUUACAGAACAUCAAGAUUUAGGUCGUAGUCCACAAGAAUCAGAAACACUGCAAGAUCAACAUAAAAAAUUUGAAUCAACAGCAGUGGGAACAUAUGAAUAUGGUAAACAGUUACUUCAAGGUGCCUUAGUGCUGCGUAGAUCAUUACGCUAUGAUUUAGCACCCAACAAUGAACGUGCCUAUCGUUUAGAGGAAGCCUGGAAACAUUUUACUCAAGGAACUGGAGAACGAGCUAACCGUCUGACAGUAGCGUCCAUGUUUAUGACAGCAUCAGAUAAGGUGAAUGAUCGAAUAGAACAAAUUCUAGUUGUAAUAAGUCAAGCUUUAGAUCGUCAAAUUACAAUAGAUGAAGUUCUUACUAAAUAUCAAGUACCUAAAGAUAAAGUGAUAAAAGAUUAUGAAGAUACUGUACAGAUGGGUAAAGCUUUGUUAGACAGAAUUAGUUUACCUGUUCUUAUAGAUGAUAGACAAGACAUUCCAAGAAGUGGGGAAGGAGAAAAAGCUGUAGAUAAUAUUAACACCAAAUUAAGACGAAUGGAUCGCAAAGCUGGAGAUUUGCAGAAAUAUUGGUCAGAGUUAGUACAGAAUAGAAGUAAUCCAAAUUUUGUACCCAAAUUAAAACGAACGUCUUCACGACGCAAGGUUGCUGACAUUCAGGAUCCCCCAAAACGCUUGUCAACCAGAAGACCAAGACUUGGCAACGACCGAAAUAAACACCAGCCACAAGAUUCAAUGGACUCACUGGCAAGUACAGGAAGUCAAGAUUCUCCUCAAUAUCCAGAAAUAGAACAACGUAUAGCAGCCAUGAGAAGUUAUCAUGCAGCUGCUGCUCUUGCUGGUCCAGGGCAGGGAUAUUCAGACCCCAGUCAACUAUCUCCACAAUCCCAACAUAGUAGUGAUAUAGGUAGAGAGUCAUAUGCCAUACGAGAUUCGUUACAUGAUCAGAUACAUUCACCAAAUGAGAGUAUCAACAGAUAUCAUCAUGGAUCUCAACCCAGCUUAAGCUAUUCUGAUUCUCAUCCUAGUUUCAACUUAUCCAGCUCUUUACAAGAUCGCCCAGGUAGUCGGAACUCUAAGUCCAGUUACAAUGGAAGCCAGCAACCAUCACCUCGUCUUCCUGGAGAAACCAUGGAAGCGGUACAUUCUCAACCCGUGUACAAUUCCCCAAAAGACAGUCCACGCAGCAGACAUUCUACAGACAUUCCAGGCAGUAGACAUUCCAGAGACAUUCCAGGCAGUAGAAAUUCCAGAGAUAUUCCAGGCAGUAGGAAUUCUAGAUCCAGUUAUAAUGGAAGUCAACAAAUGUCACCCAUCCAUCCAGAUGAUAAGCUACAAGCAGCUUAUGCUAAACCAGUUUUUAUUGAAGCUCCUAGUCUAACUGGUGAUCUCUAUACAGACCUUGAAAAGAGUGGAGAAUGGAUUCGAGUGCGUGUCCACCAAAUGGAACCCGAUCUUGUAGAUGUGGGUUCCACUUUGGAGGAAGCAAUACAAUUAAAGAGGGAACAUGACGAAUUAGUCACAAAAUUAAAGUCCAAAGAAGGAGAAGUACAACAGCUUUUAGCAAGAGCUGACACAUAUGUUGAUGAGAACAGAUCCCAAGCUGAUGUCCAUGCCGCCAUGGCAGACACACUUGGUGAAGCCUGGAAAGCUCUCAAUGAGAAGCUCGAAUACAGAGGUCAAAUGUUGGAACAAAGUAUAGCAUUCCAUCAAAGCGUAAAAGAUUUAACACAAAAGAUGGAACAAGCACAGGGUAAAUUUACCAAAGUACCCCUUGCCUCAAAUGUAGAAACAGCUAGAGAUUUAUUAAACCAACAUAAUGAUAUCAAAUCAAGUAUUCUUGAGUCUUCUAAAAUCACCUUAGAUAUGGGACAUUCUUUAUUACAACACAUCAAAGAAAUGGGUGUGCAUGCAGAUAUACAAAAUAAACAUGCAACUACCGCCGCCUGCUACGGAAUAGAACAUCUACUCGAGUUACUUCACGAUCGAAGGCGUCACCUGGAAGAACUCUGGGAAUUACGACGACAAAAACUUGAACAAUGUCUACAACUUUGUCAAUUGGACCAAGAAGUUAAUAAGAUUUUGGAAUGGUUCCGAACGAUCGGAUCUGAAUACCUCAGAAUAUCAAGUCUCGGGGACACGUAUGCAGCAGCAAGGCGAAUACAAGAAGAACAUAAUAAAUUUGAAACCCAAGCAAGAGACAUCCAAGAGACAGUUUUGCAGCUGAUUCGUACAGCUGACCAACUUCUGCGCCGGACAAACCUGGAUGCGGAAGGUGUGAGACAGCGGCUGCUUACUGUCGAUACAGAAUGUGAGAACUUCAUGAUUAAACUUGACAACAGAAGGAGAAACAUCACAAUGUCAGUCUCCUUCUAUAAUUUACGGGAAACGGCUCUAACAAAACUGGAACAGAUAGAAGUCCAACUUAACAACAUGGACUUGCCAAGAAACAGCGCAGAACUUGCUGAGCAACAUGCCCAAUUGUCUAACGCCAUAGUAGAAAUAUCUGCGCCAGCUCUACGCGAGGGUCGACUUCUACUGGAGAGGGUCAGUAGGAGUGACUCUGGAGCUGAUGGCGUCAGACAAAAGAUGGAUGAGCUCCAAGCUCACUGCGCCCACCUUGAGUCGCUGUGCAAGGCAAGACGGGCCCAGGCGUGGGAACGUAGUCAAGCCUAUUUACAAUUCCAAGAAAAAUUCAAUAGUCUUCAAACAUGGCUAACACAGAUAGGUAUGGCUACGCUCAAACGUCAUGGCAACAUGGGAAAUGACCUGAACAGCGCCAAGGAUUUUCUUGAAAUUCACGAACAAUUGGAUGAAGACAUCAGAGACAAGAAUGCGGAAAUGGAAGCCUUAUCUGCAGCAGUAGUGAACUUGGUCAAGUCAGGGGACCAAGAAGCACAAACAGCCGCAGAGAAGGUUGACGCCCUACAGAAACAGAUUCAUCGUCUGCAACGUGUAGUGGAAAUUCGCAUUCAAUUGGCCCUAUUGUAUGUCUCAUUCUUCAGGCUCGGCCAACAGUUGAAACACAACUAUGGUGGCCUCGAGCACAUUAUGCGCUCCGAAACGGAGAAUCUGCAGGACUUGACGGAUACUGCCGUCUCUCAAAUGCAGGAACUGUUUAGUAAAACAGCUAACAUUCAUUCCCAGUUCGAGGAGAAAGGAAAAUCAUUCUUACAUAAUUCCUCAGCACUUUCAGAAGACUCCUCACUGGAAAUACGUCAACCAACUUUAUUGGUUGAACAAUAUUUAAGUGAAAUGCGUGAACAAAUGCGAACACUUUCCGUCCAUUAUGAAUCAUGGACACAAAAAUUAUCUUCCAGCAAGCAAUUUAAAUCUCAGUGGCAUCAGUUUAUACAAGAUGCAAGAAAGACCAUUGAUUGGGUGAUGAAAGCUGAGCGAGAAUUUUUCAUGCCACAUAUCGCAGGACAGCUUGGAAAUUCUCUUGAAAGAGCUAAUGAACUACAACGAAAAUUGGAUCAUUUUGCACCCAUUGCUAAGAAAGCAACAGUAGAAAUAGAGGACCAUUUAAAGACAGCUGAAAUGUUGUCACUUAAAGGAGAUACUCAUGGUCAAAAAGAACAAAUUGUUAAUGAACUGGUCAAAGUUCAUCAAAGAUUUCAAUCUAGAAUCAACGAGUACCAAAUAUUGCUCAAGAUGACAAUUGCUUUCUUUAAAAAUCUACAUCAACUCGAUCAAGCUAUUGAAGCCACUGAGAGAGAAUACAUGCAAUCAGAAUUACCAUCAGAACUCACGCAAGCAGAAAUAAUGCUGGAAGAACAUAAACGCAAGAAACAAGAAGUUUCUCAGAUGAUAAAUUUCACCACAGAUGAAGGUGAUAAAAUUGUGCGCAGGGUACGGCAACAGGAUGCUGAAGCCACAGCGCAAGAUGAUGUACAGCGUGUUAUUGACGUAUCAGAAGAAUAUAAACAACGCUGGGGUUAUAUGUGGGAGGAACAAGAAAAGCGCCUCCAACAAAAUCUCCAAAUCUGUCAGUUUAACUUCGAUCUCAGACAGAUUCAUUCGGAGAUAGAUGGAUUACACCAACAUUUACAGGCUAGACGAGGUAGUUAUGGCAACUCAUUACCAUCCGCCAGAAUGACCUCUCAGGCCUACGAACAGUUUGAAGUAACUGUUGAGUUAAUUGAACAAAAGAUUAACAGUUUCAUCAGUACGGCGGAGCUGAUGGUCCAGGACAAACAUUACGAUUCCGUCCAUAUCCGCCGAGAAAUCGAUGUGUUGAAAAACAAAUGGAGCACAUUCCAUACAAGCGUGCGUGACUAUCGUCAGCAGCUUAAUGCCUCAAUCUAUUAUUUUACAUUAACAGAAGAAUCUGAAACAUGGAUGAGAGAAGGUAAUCAGCUCUUGAUUAAUGUUGGACGUCAAGCUCCAAAUUGUCGAACACCACAGGAAGCUGAUGACCUCAUAAAAAAAUUAGAAAAUUAUGUAAGAGAAGGAAAACCCAAACAAGAAGAGAGAUUACAAAAAAUAGCUGAAUUAAGUGUUCAACUUUAUGGUGAUCAAGGUCAAAGUAAAGUUCGACAUGUAGUUAUACAAUAUCAAGACUUAAUGCAAUCAUUUGAACAAGCUGAUAAUGAAAUCAGCGGUAUGCGAGAUAAUCUACAGGGAAAGAAACCAGUAGAUGAAAAUCUAACAAGACAAGCAGCACCAACUGCUGCUGCUCCAACUCCCAGUAUCAGACCACCCCGUAUUAUACAACAUCUUAAAAAUGCUGAAGUUAUGGAGGGAGAUAAAUUUACCUUUGAGUGUAAAAUCGAAAGUGAUGUGAAACCAGAAAUUCAGUGGUGUAAGGACAACCUACCAUUGACCAGCCCAGAUUAUGAGACCAGGUUUGCCAAUGGUGUAGCUACACUUACCAUUGAAGAAACCUUCUCAGAGGAUACAGCACGCUAUACAUGCCGUGUCACAAACCCUGCUGGUAUGGCCGAAUCAUCAGCUCAACUUAAUGUCAAGGAAACUCAUCAACAAAUUUAUCCACCAGAAUUUGUACGUAAUUUGAAAUCUGUUGAUGUUGUUGAGAACUCUUCAUUCGCCUUUGAAUGCCAUGUUCAAGGUAUCCCAUCACCCACUGUUUCCUGGUAUAAGGACGAGUUGAAUAUUGACAACUCUUCUGACUUCGUCAUCACUAAGAUAAAUGGAGCUUGUUGUUUAAAGAUACGACAAGUCAAACAGCACCAUUCUUCUCGAUAUACUUGUCGGGCUAAUAAUCCUGGGGGAGAGGCUUCAUCAUCUGCUAGGAUGACAGUCAUACCUCUUCAACCUCCAGUAUUCCACCAGCCCUUGCAAGAUGUAGCUGCACCUGAAGGUAAACCGGUGCGUCUGGAGACUAGAUUUACUGGUUCACCACCACCAGAAGUCCAAUGGUACAGAGGACCUACUCGUAUUACUCCUAGUAAUACAUACAAGAUUACUAUUGAAGUAAAUUUCUCAGCUCUAGAUAUACAUGAACUUUAUAGUGCAGAUCAAGAUACAUAUACUGUUGUUAUCAAAAAUGCAGCUGGUGAAAAUAGAUCAUCUUGUACUGUUACUAUGGAGCCUUAUUUCUCCAGUACUGGUGAAGACAUGGAGGUUGCCUCAACAGAACCAGAUAAGGAAGUACCGAAACAAGAACCUGUGUUUAUGCAACUUCUACCACCAACUAAAGAAGCUAUAGAGGGAACACGAGUUAGAUUGGACUGUAUUAUUAUAGGACAUCCAGAACCAGAGGUGAUUUGGUUACACAAUGAUAAACCAGUAAAGGAAAGUAAAGAUAUCCAGCUGUUGUUUGAAGGUGAUCGUUGUACAACUGUUAUACAAGAGGUUUUAUUAGAAGAUGCUGGUGAAUAUCGAUGCGUCGCUAGAAAUCCUUACGGUCUGGCAGAAAGUGCCUGUAAAUUACAUGUGGAACCUGUAAGUGAAAUGAGUGAUGCCUCAGUGGGUGAAUUGACAGCACCCAAGUUUACUCAGUUAUUGAGAGAUUUGACAGUUAAAUCUGGACAAAGGGUUUGUUUACAAUGUCGUGUUACAGGACAUCCAUUACCAGAAGUUAAAUGGUUCCGUGAUGACAGACAAUUGGAAAGCUCUCCUGAUUUCCAGAUAACUGCAUUUGCUGAUGUUCACUCGUUGACUAUACCUGAAGCUUUUGAAGAAGAUACUGGUGUAUAUUCUGUACGAGCUGUAAAUGUUGCUGGUGAGGCCAGAUGCCAAGCUAGAUUAAAUGUUAAAUCACCACCAGAACAGCCGGUCAUGAAACGGGAAGUCAAACAAAUACAGAAAGAAGUAAUUAAACAAGCACCACCAGAGUUUAAGAAACUCUUCACUGAUCAGAUUGUCAAAGCUGGACAACCUGUUACUUUUGAGUGUGUUAUAAUUGGUAGUCCUAGACCAAGGGUUAAAUGGCAUUAUAAUGGAGCACCUUUGGUCAGUAAGGCCUACCAACCCCAGUUUGAAGGAGAUAACUAUCGAUUAACAAUUCCAGAAGUAUUUGAUCAGGAUGCUGGACGAUAUGAUGUCCAUGCUGAAAAUCCUCAUGGUAAAGCCACAUGCUCAGCUUUACUACAAGUUGAACCAGUGACAGAGUCCAUGACUCCUUCAAGAGCACCGGGUGCACAACAGCCAUUUGGACCUAAACCAAAACCAGUAUCUGAACAAAUGACACCUACAAAGGCACCAAUCAGGAAGGUAGCCCCACCAAAAUUUCCUGCUGAUAAGCCUGACCGUAAACCAAUUGAUGAACAGAUGGUGCCAGACCGAGCACCAACCAGAGGUCAGCCACCUGCUGGAUAUCCCCAACCAGAAGAACCAACUUCCCAAGCAGUUGUCAUUAGACCAUCACAAGCUGUUAGCUCACCUUAUAAAGAUGAUGUACCUGUAGGCUACAGAGGAUAUGAAUCAUCCUCAGAAGUAACUGAGACUCGAACUGUUACUGAAACAAGAACAAGUCGAGUCUACUCAUCUUCUGAUGAGAUGUUUGGUGAACAACAUCACUCAACAACGAUUUUGACCGAUGUCAGUCCAAAGAGACCGCAAAAAUCACCAUCAGUUGACAGAUUUGCAACAACUCUAGUAACAGAUGUUACACCACAGUAUCAACCAAUAGAUUUAACUAUUGAAGUGCCAGUUCCACCCAAGUUUCUACAGGCUUUGAAAAACAUCACAUCAAUGGAAGGAACCAGAGUAACUUUUGAUGGUGUAGUAACAGGACGACCUGAACCCAGCAUUCGAUGGUUUAGAGAAGGUAAAGAAUUGACAGAUCAAGCUGACUUUGAAAUCUCUUACCGUCAGGGGCGUGUAACUCUAACUAUUCCCGAAGUCUUUGAAGAAGAUGCUGGGCAGUUUACUGCUACAGCUGAAAAUUUGGCUGGAACCGCUUCUAGCACAGCAGAACUGAUAGUGAGAGCCUCCAUGAUUCCACCUUCAUUCACCGAAAAGCUUCAAAGACAUGAAGCUAAAGAAGGUCAGCCAGUUAAACUCAAAGUUAAAGUAUCUGGUCAUCCUCCACCACAAGUUACAUGGAUGAGAGAAGGAUCAAGACUGGUCAGUUCACCAGACUUUGAAAUCAUCCAAGAAGGAGAUAUCCAUUCUCUGUACAUCCCAGAAGUUUUCUAUGAAGAUUCAGGAAAAUACACAGUUAAAGCUGAAAAUCCUGCUGGAGAGGCUCAGUGCAUUGCUCAGUUAGUGGUAGAACCACCACCAUUGGCUAUUGAAACACCAGUGAUGAGGGAACCAGAACGUAGACCAGUUUUUGAGCAUGUAGAACCAUCCAAAGCACCUGGCUCAAAAUCACCUCGACGUUUUCCAGAGGAAGAACCUAUGGCUAAAGUAGCUAAAUACCAGAAAGCUGCUCCGCCAAAGACAGAGCCUCAGAGAUACAGAAAUGAAAUGGAGAUGGAAAUUGAAGGACAGGAUUUACCUGCUUUUGAAACAAGAAUCAACCUUUUUGGACAGGAAGAUGUUCCUCCACCAUUACCAAAGACUCAACCACCAAAGAAAGCUGCUCCUGUAAAGGAGAAAACUAAACCCAAAUUCUCAAAGCCAUUGACACAUCAAAGAGUAAGAGAAGGCGAUUCAGUAACAUUUGAGAUAAUUGUUGAGGGUCAUCCAGAACCUAUUAUUAGAUGGUUUAGGAACAACCUUCCAGUUGAAAGUUCACCAGAUUAUGAAAUAUCGUAUUCACAGAAUACUCACAGAUUGACUAUUAUAGAAGUUUUCCCAGAAGAUGCAGGCACAUUUAAAUGUGUUGCUACAAAUGCAACUGGAACAGUUACAACCGAAUGUUUCUUAGUUGUUGAAGCUGAACCAAUGGAACCAGUUGCAGAAAGCCAGCCAGUACAACAAGAAAAACCAGCAUUUGUUCCUCCACCACCCAAACCAGCACCAGUCACUGUACCGCCAUCUUUUGUUCAACCAUUAAAAGAUGUUAGAAUGGUUGUAGGUACAAAUUUUAAGAUGGAAUGCCGAGUUAUUGGAAAACCAUUUCCUCAGAUUACUUGGACCAAAGAUGGACAACCUAUAUUUGAAGGACCUAGGCAUAAAAUCAACAAUGACCCUAGAACAGGAAGAUGUGCCAUCUUGAUAUCUAAAUGUUUCUCUGAUGAUGUUGGACAAUAUACUUGCCAGGCUAUGAAUCCAGGUGGAGAAUCAGCUACAAGUGCUGAUGUUUUACCAGAAGUCCGCAAGGUGGUAGAUCAGCCACUUGUCUCAGAUUUAUCACCAGUUCAAGAAAUUCUUGCCAGAUCACAAGCACCAAAGAAAUCAGAAAAAGAUUUUUAUCGAACCCCAACAGAACGCAUGAUCGACAGAAAAUCUGAAGAAAGAAUAUUGGCUCAGCCAGAUGAACCACUUUCCGCUGGUGCUAGUGAUUCUGAAUUCACUGUAACUGGAUUUGAGAAACGUCUCCUGGAUGAGGUUGCCUAUCGAGAUGGUAAAAUCAAACGUCAAAGUGAAACCGAAACAGAAUAUGAUUCUGAACAACCAGAAGAAUUUGUAAGUCCUGGUAAAUCUCAGGCACCAGAACUAUUACAACCAUUGAAGGAUAUACAGUUAGUAGAGGGAGGUGAUGCUACCUUUGUCUGCCAGAUUGAGGGAAAACCUAGACCAAAGAUUGCUUGGUACAGAAAUGGUAAACGUAUCAAGAAGUCUAACAGAUAUGAAAUUAAAUAUGGACAAGAUAAUAUAAGUUCUUUAAGAAUAAGAGUAACCUUACCAGAAGAUACAGGGUAUUAUACAGUAUUAGCUGUCAACUCAGUGGGUAAAACUACAACCUCAGCUCAACUCUAUGUUGAUCAACUUGGAAACAUUGAUGCUACCUCUUUUGUAGAACCUGAAAGUUUAAAGAAAAUGAUGAGAAGGGAUGCUGAAAGAGGAAGAAAAGGCCCAGUAGCAGAUGAUGGCGGAGUAUUUGAUGCUCCUGCUAGUCCAGUCUUCAAGAAAAUUCCUGAAGAUAUAACAUCUAUAGAAGGAUCUACUGUCAGAUUUGACUGUACUGUAACAGGUCGACCAGCACCCGAAUUAGACUGGUACCGUGAUGGUAUUUUGGUACAUAGAGAUGAUAAUCACAAGAUUGUUGUCAAUGAGAAUGGUAUCCAUUCAUUAAUCAUAAAGAGUGUAUGCCGUUUGGACGCUGGUACCUAUAUGUGUAUUGCUAUAAAUAAAGCCGGGGAAGAAAGAUUUACUGUAUCUCUUAAUGUCAAACCCAAAGAAGAGAAACAAAGUCCCCGUUUUAUUGAACGUGUCCAGAACUUCACUGUGAAAGAAGGCAUGCCUGUUACGCUUUCCUGUCAUGCUGUUGGCAUGCCAACACCCAUGAUGUCUUGGCAAAAGGAUGGUAGCCAUGUUACACCCAAUCAGGAAUACAGGAUUGAUACAGAGGGUGGUAGAACAGCUCUAUAUAUACCAGAAGCUACAUUACCAGAUGCUGCCUGGUAUCAAUGUACAGCUGCUAAUACAUCAGGUAGUGCUACAACUAGAGCUAAACUUGUUGUACAAGUUUCUGCAAGAAAGCCUGAAGCCAAGAAACAAGCUCCUCAAGUGUCAAGUGUACCACCUCCAAGAGUCACCUCACCGCAUUAUGAAAUCAAAUCUGAGGGACCGGUACAACAAAUAUCUUAUGUUAAAGAUGGUGAUAGUGCCACUUUAAAACUUGUACGUGAGGAGGAUGCUGGCAGAACACCAGUUACUGAACAAAUGACACCACAGAAAGCAACCAGACCAAUGCAACCUGCACCUCCAGUGCCACAGGAGCCAAUGGAAGUUGAUGAGGAAUAUAUGCCUCAGAAUGUGCAAGAUGCCAAGAAAAGAUUUGAACAACCUGAUGGACAAGUUCCUCAAGCUCCUGGUAGCGUUCCAUCUUCUCCUAUGCCACCUAGAAAAACGUUUCAGCCAGUGAGUGCACCGGUUUCUCCACAAGUGGCUAGAAAACAGAUGAAACCAACUGCUCCUGAAAUGGAACCUUUAAAGCAACAACAAAGACCAGAAGAAAUGUUCAAACCCAAAGUUGCUCUACAACCUCAACAUCCACAAAUAUUACCUCAGCAAGAACAACCAUUCACAACUCCUCAGCCUAAACAACCAAAGACUAGACCAUCUGAAAGACAACCAGUUUUUGUUAGAGAUAUGCCUGGACAAGGCUAUGAUAUCCAAGAACAAGGUCCAGUGCAGCAAAUAUCUUAUGCCUCUGACACAGAGAGUGGAUAUCUGAGAAUUAUUGAUGACAGUUCAAAGAGAAAACCUAUGAAAGAAGAAAUGAUACCGAGUAGAUUUCAACAUCCGAAACAGCCUCAAGCUGAUGAUGUUUCAGUUGGUGUUGAUGAGCCCAAAGAAGAAAUUAUAGCUUUUCCAAGUAUACAGGAUGUUCAGAAGCAGUUUGAAAGAUUUGAUGAACAAGUACCAAAAGCUCCAGCUAGUCUGCCAUCGUCUCCAAUGCCACCUAGAAAACAUUUUCAACCAGUGAGUGCACCAGUAUCACCACAAGUGGCUAGAAAACAGAUGAAACCAUCUGUUCCUGAAAUGGAAUCUUUAAAGCAACAACAAAGACCAGAAGAAAUAUUCAAACCCAAAAUUGCACCACAACCACAACAUCCACAAAUAUUACCUCAACAAGAGCAACCACCAACAGCACCUCAACCUAAACAACCAAAGACCAGACCAUCUGAUAGACAACCAGUUUUUGUCAGAGAUAUGCCUGGAUCAGGUUACGAUAUUCAAGAGGAGGGUCCAGUACAACAAAUAUCUUAUGCUUCUGAUACAGAAAGUGGUUAUCUAAGAAUCAUAGAUGAUGGCUCUAAGAGUAGAAAACCUAUCAAAGAAGAAAUAUUACCCAGUAGUAGAAUUCCUCGACAAGUGCAACAAAUAGGUGCUGAUGUUCGCAUGGAUGUUGAUGAAAUCCAGUAUGAAGAAGUAAUAGCAUUCCCAAGUGUACAAGAUUUUCAAAAGAGGUUUGAGCAAGUAGCAGAACAAGUACCAAAAGCUCUGGGUAGUCUACCAUCUUCUCCAAUGAUACCUAGAAAAAAGUUUCAAUCAGUGAGUGCACCAGUUUCACCCCAGGUUGCUAGAAAACAGACACAACCAAGUGCUCAAGUGAUGAAACCAGCAGCUGCAGCACAACUCCAGCAUUCACAAAUAUUACCUCAACAGAAGGAAUCACCAGCACCACAUCAAGAAAAACAAACAAAGACACGGCCAUGGGACAGAAAACCAGUUUAUGCUAAAGAUAUUUUUGGACCAGGUUAUGAUAUUCGAGAGGAAGGCCCAGUACAACAAAUAUCUUAUGCUUCCGAUACAGAAAGUGGUUAUCUAAAGAUCAUAGAUGAUGGCUCUAAGAGAAAAAGUUCACAAGUAAUGAAAUCAGUUCAUCAACAUAAGGAACCCAAACCAGAAGAUACCAUGAUCUCAUUUGCAAGAAAACAUCUGCAGAAAACAAUUCCACUUAAAGAAAUGAAACCACGUAAAACAAAGGCUGCAAAAGCAAAGCCCUCUUCACACCCAGCCAGAUUCAUGGAUGAUGAAACUUGGGCAGAAAAGCAACAUCAGUUGUUUGAAAAAACAACAGAAUUGGAAGCAAAAGAAUUUUCAGGUAUUCCACAGCCAGAAAAAAUGCAAACAACAGUAGUUGUCGAUCUGAGCAAAAGGAAAGCACCUUUACUUCGGCCUGUAAAAACCAAGAAAAGUGAAAAAUGGGUCAAUGUACCAUCUUCACCAGAACUUCAAUCACCUACAACUGUAUCAGCACUGGCAUUGGAUGUCCAUCCUAGAUAUCAGAUAUGCCGAGAAGGUCCAGUGCAGCAAAUUGGAUAUGCCAGUGAUACAGAACAUGGAUAUUUAAGACUGGUUCUAACGCCACCUUUACAGGAAGACAUAGACAAUCUUCUGUCACCUGUUCAUAGGUCAGAGAUUCUUACACUUCCACCCAUGAAACAAGUUACCUUUCAGCUGGACAUUGAUAUAUCUGAAGAUGAAUCCAAACCUGAUGUUUCACAACGAAGAAAAAUCUUUGAGAAAAUUAAUUUGUCAGACUUUGAAGAUGAAGCACAAAAAAAGGCAUCCAAAAUUGUGCAGAGAAAAUUAAAAUCUCAGUUUAUUCCUGAAAGUCCAAAGGUAAAGGCACCACUUGUACCAAAAUCUGCACCACAACCAGGUCAUGCACCAAAACCAGUAAUGCCUGAACAGUUAAAGAUUAAAUUUGUUAAAGAUGAACCUGCUCAUAUUCCAGCACCACAGCAACCGGUCAUGGUAGCUCCCCCUUGGUUAUUGGAAGCCAAGGAAGCACCGAAGCCUUUGAAACCUGUUGUAAAACCAGUACUAACACCAGCAAUAAAACCCCAGAAGAAAAUAGAUAUAGUACAACCACCUUGGGUUGUAGAACCCAUAAAGCCUAAGGAAAACCUAGUACCGUUAUCUAAACACCAGGUACAAAUUCCGGUGCCUAAGCCUGAAGCUAAACCAUUUCAGCAGCAGAUUUCUCUUGAACUAUCCCCAAGAAAGGUUCAACCUGUGUAUCAGCAGCCAAUAGUACCAAAGUCACCAACAAUGAGAUAUGUUGAACCAACUGAAAGCUAUGAUAUUCAGAAGAUCGGACCGGUUCAGGAAAUAACAUAUGCAUCUGAUAAAGAAAGUGGUUAUCUGCGCUUGAUUGAUGAAGUAGAUUUAGCGAGACAACCCAUGCCGUGGGAGAUUCAACCUGAACCACCCAUUGCACCACAACAGAGAAAACAUGUUGUGAUUGACAGGCCAGUACAAAAGGCACCAGCACCACCACAACCACUUGUACCAGCUCCAGCAACACCAGUACAGAAGCAUAAGGUGGUCAAAAAGGUCAAAGCACCAGUACCAGCCCCAAAGCCAACAGCUGCACCAAUGCCUGAACCAAUGAGUUACAGUAGUGAUUAUGAAAUCCAACCAGAGGGACCUGUUCAACAAAUUUGCUAUUGUUCAGAUACUGAAAGUGGUUAUCUUCGUCUUGUUCAACCUCAACCAGAUAUGCAAAGGUCUGAAGUUGAAAUGGAAAUUCCUCCAAAGCCUCUGGCUCCAGUCACUAUGACAAUUCCUCUUCAACCAAAAGAUUACAGACCAGUUGCACCUCCAGCAACAAAACCAGCACCCAAAAAGGUGGAGUUUGUAAUUCCUCCACCAGAGUUAACACCACCUAAACCUAAAGAAGAAUAUAAAUCACCACCACCACCACCUUCACCUCAACCUGUUACAACCCAACUUAAAAUGAAACCACAAGCUCCAAUUGUCCGUAAAAUGCCAGUACCGGAAGAAAGGCCUGCAAGCCCUAUUAUUCUUAGGGAAAGCAUUCCACCAUGGUGGCCAGAGAGCAUUGAUGUUCCAAUCAUUGCUGAUGAUAUUGAUUCUGGAAGAAGAAUGUCUGAUUCUUUAGUCUCGAGUCUUAAGAUCACAUUAAAAGAUCGCAGGGCCUUGUCUGAUCGAGAAAGUGCCGUCAGAGAAUAUAUUCGCCGUGAAGGUGAAGCUCCUCCUGAAGAAGAUCUCUUCACCAAGGAAAAACAGAGACCGCCAAGGUUUAAGACACAAAUUAAAGACUUAUUAGCACUGAAAGAGAACGAUUCUGCUCAUUUUGAAUGCAGACUUGUUCCUCUUGGUGACCCAAAUAUGAAAGUUGAAUGGUUUAGAGAUGGACAACCUCUUUUACACGGUCAUCGCUUUAAGCCAAUGUAUGACUUUGGAUUUGUUGGGUUGGACAUGUUAUACACAUAUCCUGAAGAUAAUGGUGUGUAUUCAUGCAGAGCUACCAAUUUAGUUGGAGAAGACACAACAACUGCAACAAUACAUUGUAAACCAAAGAGAAAAAUUAUUUCUGACACUCAGUUACCUGGAGACGGUGCCUUCAGACUUCAAGAAAUGGAAGAACAUUGGAGAGGAUCCAAGGUACUGGAUGAGAAGUUUGUGGAUGCUCCUCAGGAACCUUCACCACCAGAUUUUGAUCUGGAAAUGCAACCUGUUGAAACUGGGGAAGGUGAACCUGCCAAAUUUAUGGUCAAGGUUCAUGGUUACCCUAGACCCAGGGUCAGCUGGUGGGUCAAUGGAAGCUUGAUUGUCAGUGCUUCUAGAUACAAAGUGACCUAUGAUGGUAUGAUGCAUUAUCUCGAAAUACCCCGAGUACGAGAGUAUGAUGCUGGCCAGGUCAGAGUUGUAGCCAAGAAUCCUUAUGGUGAACAAGAGUGUAGCACAUCACUAAUGGUGCUUCCCAGAGAAGACUGGCGAUCCAGACUUCGACAAGCUCCUAAAGGUGAACUUGAAAUUGAACUUAAACGCAGACAAAAAAUGGAGUUGAGAAGUGUUGAAUUGGAUAGAGCAUUGAAGAAACCAAAAGCUACUGAAUUUGAACUACGCAAAUUUGAAGGAUAUGGGGAUUCACGUGUUACAGUCACGAAGGACACCAGCACAGUUAUUUCAGAACGCCAAGUUGUUUCUAAGCAAGUGAAACUUCAGCAGAAGCCACAAAAACCGCUCCCAGUUCAAGCUGCACAGCCCGUUGUCUCAUUUGUUCCAGAAAUUGGUAAAGUCACAGAAAGACAGGUUUCUCGUCAACAAAUUAGUUUAGAUCUUGGAGAACCACCAGCUUUCAAACAUCCUCUACGACCUAUUAGAGUUCCUGAAGGCCAACCUGUAACAUUGGAAGUACAGUUUACAGGACGUCCAGCACCAAAUAUUACAUGGUACAGGGAUUCCUUUGAGAUCCAACCUGGUCGUGAUUUCCAGAUUACAACAACUCCAACAUCCAGUAAACUCCACAUACCAGAAGUUUUUAAUGAAGAUGCUGGUUUAAUAACUGUCAAGGCAUAUAAUACAGCUGGUAUGGUCCAGUGUAAGGCUAAAAUGAAUGUAGUUGAAGAAGAAGAACCAGAGAGAGCUCAAUCACCAGAAUUUAAAGGUUUGAUGAGAGAUACACUGACUGUGGCUGGUGAACCUAUGACCUUUGACUGCAAAGUCUCUGCUUGUCCUAAACCCAAAGUACACUGGGAAAAGGAUGGUAAACCACUGCCACAAAGUCCAAGAUGGAAAUUUAUUGAAGAAGGUGAUAACUUUACGUUGCUCAUUUUUGAAGUUAUGCCUGAAGAUAUUGGACAAUAUGCCUGUGUUGCUGUAAAUGAUGUGGGAAAAUCAACUUGCACCGCUCGACUUGAUGUUGAAUUGCCAAUGGAACCACCUCAAGAACUAUCAAUGCUGGAAUCACCUCCAAAAGAACAGGUACCUGAUGAACCACCUCAAAUAUUAGAACCACCACAACGUACAGUAGAAGUAGAAGAAGGUGGAACUGUUACCUUCAAAACCAAGAUUGUAGGACAACCAGCCCCGAUUGUAUCAUGGUAUCGUGACACAAUUUUGGUCAAACCAUCCAAAUAUUUCCUUAUGGUUUCAAACCCUGAUGGUGUACAUACACUAACUAUUCAAGAAGCCUAUGCUGAAGAUUCAGGCAACUAUAGAUGUGUUGCCCGCAAUAAGACUGGAGAAGUUUUCAGUACAACAUACCUUAGGGUUAUCGGUUUUGAAAGUGAACCAGAACAUCAACAAGAACCACCAAGCUUUGGUAAACCCAUUCAAAAUACCAUUGUUCUACAAGGACAGUCUGCUCAGUUUACAGCUGAGUUUAGAGGCAAUCCCCAACCUGAUAUCAAAUGGCUCCGUAAUGGUAUACAGCAUAUACAGAAUUCCAGGGACUUCCAGAUUACAAUUACACAAACAACUACAACAUUGACAGUGCGUGAAGCUUACCUGGAAGAUACCGGUCUUAUUACAUGUCAAGCUAAGAAUAAGGCUGGAACUGCUGAAUGUUCAGCAGAGUUAUAUGUUCAAGAUGAAAGAGAAGCUAAGCUGCAUGGGCAGAAGAUUCAUGUUGAAGUUGUAAAACAGAAACCAGUAUUAACUAAACCACUUCAGCCAUAUACUGUCUAUGUUCCGGGAAAACCAACCCAAUUGGAGGUGGAAAUUGCUCCUCAACCAAAAUCCAAGACCACAUGGUUUGUAAAUGGAAAGGAAAUUUUAUCAUCAGAGCAUAGAAGGGUUAUAAAACGUGGUAAUAGUACCAUACUAAUAAUCUUUAAUACAGCAUCAGAUGAUGAAGGUGAAUACACAAUGAAGGCUGAAAAUGAAUUUGGUACCACAACUUGUAAAACAACUUUAACUUUGACAGGAAAAGAAAAGUUUGUUGAACUGCCUCAAUCAGAGAUGACUGAUAUCACUGUUACCAGAACUGUAACAACAGUUGAAAGACAAGAAAUGGCUAUAGCACAACAAGUACGACCCAAUGUUGUAGCACCACUUGAACCUGAAGUAUAUGUCCGAGAGAGAGGGAUUGCUAGAUUAGAAUGUCAGAUUGAAUCAGAACCACCUUCUGAUGUGACAUGGUUUGUAAAUGGUGUAGAGAUUAAACCAUCCCCACGCUAUGAUAUCCGUCUAGAAGAAGGAAAGAGUAUAUUAUUUAUUAUGGAUGUGGGACCAGAAGAUGUUGGGGAAUACACAUGUAAAGCUGUGUCAGAACUGGGUGAAGCUAUCAGUACCACAUCUCUUAAAAUACAAGACCCAACCGCCAUGGAACACUAUAUUCCUGGCAUGCAAAUGGCACCUGCUGGAAUUGAAGAAUCACCAAUGGCACAACUAGUAACUCCUCCAGAAUUUGUAGAACCUCUUCAUUCUACCUCUGCUACAGAUGGACAAGAAAUAAGGUUGUCCUGUAAGGUAACUGGUCAGCCCCCACCUCAAAUCUCUUGGUUCCAUAAUGGAGAGAAUAUUGAUGAUGAUGAAGAAUAUGUCAUCUCCUAUGAGCCAGAUACUGGAGAAAUUAGCUUGAUCAUUGUUGAAGUUUUCCCAGAUGACAAGGGUCAGUAUGUAUGUAUUGCACAAAACCCUGCUGGAGAGGCUACAACCACUGCUAAUCUAACAGUCAUUGAAUCACCAGAAGAUUCUAUGGAUGUAGAGGUUCCCGGAGAAAGUAAAGAAGUUGAAUUUGUUAUGCAACUACCUGAAUCUGAAGAGGCGCCAAUGGAAGUGACCCAAACAGAAGUAGAAAUUACUGAACCGAAAAUUGCUUCCUCCGAGGUUGCAGAGGAACAGGUAAUUCCAGACUUUAUUAACAGGCCAAAAAUGGAGCCCCUAUUUCAUGAAGAUCCUUAUGGUGAUUCCCCAGUUUCAUCAGAGAUUUAUGUGACUCCCGAAGAAGGUGAGGAAGAUGUUUAUCAUACUCCAGAUGAGGGUGAAAAACCAUCUGAAGUUCUUGAAGAAAUACUACAACCACUGAUUGCUCAUAAGAAAAUAGAGAUAAAGGCUAUGGCUCUUGAACCUGAAACACCAGUCAAAACCGAAACAGAAGAAGUAACUUUCCAGAUAAAAUUUGAAGAAGAACCUCAAUUACAAGAGUCCGAACCUCAGGUAGCAGACUCUGUAUUGAGUGAAACCAUUGUGAUUAAGCCUCCAGAGGAAGAACAACCUGAAGAACCUGUUGAGGUAAUAAUGGAAAUAGUAGAAGAACAGCCACAAAUGUUGACUGUGGAGACACCAGAUGAGGUACCAGCAGAAUUUGUAGAAAUGCUUCAACCCCAGGUAGUGGAGGAUGGACAACCUGUCAAAUUUACCUGCAAAGUGAUAGGAAUGCCUAUUCCCUCAGUAACAUGGUACAAGAAUACAAUUGAAAUUGAACCAAAUCCAGACUUCCAUCCUGCUUAUGACACAAACACAGGAAUCUGUACCCUUGAUAUCAGUGAAGUUUUCCUGGAUGAUAGUGGGGAAUAUAUAUGCAGAGCUGUUAAUCCUUUUGGAGAGUCAACAUCAUCUGCCACACUUAUUGUCAGAGAACCAACUACUACUACCACAACUGAAACAAUCAUAACACGAGAAACUGCAAGAUCAGAGAUUCACACUACUUCGGCUGUAACCAUGAUGGAAGGAGAAGAUACACCAGAUGUUGUUUUAGUAGAAGAACAUCACAUGAGUUCUAUACAGAUGUCUCCUAAUUUCACCAAACCUCUUCUUCCAACAGUUGAAGCUCCAGAAGGUGGAACUGUCAAGUUGGAAAUUGAACUAACGGGUCAACCAGAACCAGAAGUCAAAUGGUUUGUCAAUGAAUUGGAAAUUCAUCCAAGUAAUAAGAUGAAGUUGGAAAAACAUCAAAAUAAUCAUGUUUUAGUGAUAGUUGAUGUAACACCUGAAGAUGCUGGGGAGUAUAUCUGUGAGGCUCAAAAUAUUAUGGGUGUAACCAGAUGUAAAACAACACUUACAGUUAAUCCCAUACAUAGGACAGAAGUUGUCAUUGAAGCUGAGCCUAGAUUAGAAGAUGAAGGCAUUCAGCCAACUUUUGAGCCAAAGAAAGAAACAGCCACUCCUAAAGAGCAGCCAGAGACUGAUGCUCCUGCUGAUCAAGCUCCUGAAGAAGGACCCGAAACAAGUGCACCAGAAUUCAUUGAAAUUCUUCAGCCAACAACAGCUAAAGAUGGCGAAAGAGUUGUCUUCAGAGUCACAUUCCGUGGUUAUCCUAGUCCACAAAUAACCUGGUUACAUGAUGGAGAACAAUGUUUACCUUCAAGUGAUUUCCAGAUUUAUACUGAUGAUGAACGUGGUGAAAGUGUUUUGAUUAUUGUGGAAGUUUUCCCCGAUGAUGAGGGAGAAUAUUCUUGCGUAGCUGUAAAUGAAUAUGGUGAAAGCAUGACAUCAUGUCAGCUAACGGUUGAAACUUAUGAUGAAGAAAUAUCUUCAGAUGAGGUUCACAAAGAAACUAUAGAGAUUGACCAUAAACCAAGUGAUGAUGAAACUAUGGUAAAAGAAGUUGUACAAAUUCAGUCACCACAAGAAACACAGAUGCAGGAAAUUCAGUUCCAAGUUGGUGGACCGCAAGUAGCUCCUACAGAUGUCACAACUAUAGUUCAGGAGGCAACUGUUCUUACUAGAUUAACAAGCCAAGUGGAUGAAGAGCCUUUGGUGAUGGAAGGUGAGGGAGUUCAUAAAACCACUGUUGUAAUGCAGAAACAAGAAGAUAUAGCGCCUGUUGAACUACAGGUUCAGCUACCCAUUGAGCCAUCAAAGGAAGAGCUUAUUUCUCACAUGUCUGAAUCAACAACUACUGUAACUAACGAAAUGGUAUCAACACCAUUUGUUGAUGAACCUAAUGAGCAUCACACAGAAACCAUCACUAUCGUCAGUGAAUCUGAAACCGAACCAGAAGAAAUAAUAUUCAAACUGACGCCAUCAGAUACUGUUGAGACAAAGUCUGUGACCGAAGCCACAAGAAGAGCUUCAUUCCAAAAGAUUGAAGUCAGUGUUCAAGAAACUAUCAUUCAAGGUGAUCGACAGAGUCAGGAAAUUGUCAUACCAACACGUAAGGUGAGCAUAAGUGAAAAAGAAGUUGAAAUUUUAGAUACACCACAAGUUGAGUCUCCAAAAGCAGAGUCUGAACAGGUAGUUGAGACAAGGGCAACUAUUUCUAAGCAAGCAAUACCGUUGGAACCCAAACUUGUUGAGAAAACUGAAGUAGAAAUGACAUUGAAACCAAGCGAGGAAACUGUGGAUGUUCAAACCUCAGCACCAGAAGAUGUUAAAAUCGUCUCUGAAAGAGAAACUGUUGUUCCUGUAAAGGAUGAAAUUCAAGAAGUACAAAUGGAAAUUCACAUUCCAGAAACAACAACUGAAGAAAUGGUAUUAAUACAGCAAGAUGUUGAACCUAAACAAGAAACAACAGAAGUUGAAGAGAUUGUAUCUCAGGUUGAUUUAAGCACAGAGACAAUGAAGGAACAAGUUGAAUUUCAAAUUCCUGACACAAGUGAAGAAGCACAAUUUACAAUUCAAAUAAAGCCUGAAGACAUAAUCACAUCAGAGACAGAAAUACCAAUGUCUGUUGAUGAAGUAAACAAACCGGUGGAAACUGAAAUCGUUACAGUCCUACCAGAAGAACAACAUAAGGAAGAAAUUUCUUUUGAAAUUACAAGCAAAGCAGAACCUGUACCUUUGGAGGAAAUGACAUUUACUUUCCAAACCGAUACUGUUCAACAAGAACCAGUUUCUGAAGUAAUUGAUGAAACUGUUGUUCCUGAAGAACAACACCGAGAGCAAAUCUCUUUUGAAAUCACUGGUAAAGAUCAAACAGAGCCCACAGAAGAAGAUUCAAUAACCUUUCAAACAGCAUCAGUGGACCAGGAACCAGUAUCAGAAAUGGUUGUUGAUACUACCUCAACUGAAGAAUUUGUCUUAGUUCAGUCAAGCCCUGAAUCUGAAAUUAUUGAUAAACCAACAGAGGAACAACAUAGAGAGGAAAUUUCUUUUGAAAUCACUGGAAAACCAGAGACUGAACAAAUGGAAGAAAUGACACUUACAUUCCAAACAGAUUUUGUGGAUCAGGCACCAGUUUCAGAAAUAGUUGACAAGACUGAUAUGACAGAAGGAUUUGUCUUGGUACAAUCAACUCCAGAAUCUGAAAUAAUAGAACAAGCAACAGAGGAACAACACAAAGAAGAAAUAUCAUUUGAAAUAACAGAAAAGCAGAAGCCAGAACAAAUGGAAGAAGUCUCUUUAACUUUCCAAACCUCUGCAGUUGACCAAGAACCUGUUACAGAAAAGGUAGAUGAUUCUAUGUUGACUGAAGAAUUUGUAUUAGUACAGUCGACUUCUGAUGCAGAAGUUAUUGACCAGCCUAUGGAGGAAACACACAAAGAGGAGAUUUCUUUUGAAAUCACUGGAAAACCAGAAUCUGAACAAAUGGAAGAAAUGACAUUCACUUUCCAAACUGACAUGGUUGAUGAAACAAAUGUUUCUGAAAAUGUUGAUGAUACAGAAUUGACUGAAGGAUUUGUAUUAGUCCAGUCAACCCCAGAAACUGAGAUCAUUGAAAAAGCAUCUGAAGAACAACAUAUAGAAGAAAUUUCAUUUGAAAUAACUGGUCAACCACAAUCUGAGAAAGCAGAGGAGGUAGAAAUAACUUUCCAAACUAGUCCAGUUGAACAAGAGACAGUGAUGGAAAAAACAGAAGAGACAAGUGAGGUUCCAGAAGAAGUGGUGCAGCUUGAAGAUGUUGUGGAACUUGGUCAAGCACCAGAAUUUACUUGGGGCCUAAUGUCAUUGAAAGUUAUGGAUGGAGAAGAAGUGAAAUUUCGAUGUGAAGUCAUCGGUAAUCCUAUGCCACAAAUUUCUUGGUAUCAUGAUGACAAGCCAAUUGCUGAAAAUCAAGAUUUCAAGAUAUCUUAUGACAUGGAAUCGGGUCAGUGUACUUUGUUGAUUGUGGAAGUAUUUCCACAAGAUGCUGGAGAGUAUAAAUGUAUUGCCAUAAAUCAACUUGGUCAAGCAGAAACAAAAGCAUUAUUGGAAAUAGAAUCAUAUGAAUACAUACCAGAUACAGAAGAAGCAUCUGAUUCUAUGUUGUCAUCGUUACCUACGUCACCAAGACCAACACCAGCUGACUCGGAUACAGAAAUCACUCUCCAUACCCAACAAUUUGUUGAAGAAAUGCAUCGACUUCAAGAACAAAUAUCAACAGAACUUAUUGAGGCUAGUGAAUUACUUGAAGAGACCAAAGAUCAGAUAGAUGAAACAGAAAUACUGGAAGAUGAAACAGAAAUACUGGAAGAAGAACAUUCAGAGGAGCCCAUUUUGUCAGAAGUUCUGUUAGAUGUUGCUCAACCUGAUUCUAAACAAUCUGAAGAAUUUAAAACAGAAACAAGUGUAGAAACAACAGUUACAACUGAAGUUGGUACUCUUGAAGAGCAGUCUUCAGAAGAACCAGUCACAUCUGAAAUGCAGAUUGAUAUUGUUCAACCUGAAACUAAACAGCCAGAAGAAUUUAAGACAGAAACCACAGUUGAAACAGUUAUAACAACUGAAAUUGAAACGCUUGAAGGACAGGCUUUAGAAGAGCUUGUAACAUCAGAAAUCCAGAUAGAUGUUGCUCAACCUGAAGCUAAACAGCCGGAAGAAUUCCAGACAGAAACCACAGUGGAAACUGCUCUUACUACUGAAAUUGAAGCUUUUGAAGAACAACCUAUAGAAGAACCUAUAACAUCUGAAAUUCAAACUGAUGUUGUUCAAACAGAGGUUAAACAACCAGAGGAAUUCAAGACUGAAACUGAAGUAGAAACAAUUGUUACAGCUGAAAUUGAAGCUUUUGAUGAACAGGUUUCAGAGGAACCAAUAACCUCUCAAAUUCAGAUAGAUGUUGCCCAGUCAGAAGCAAAACAUCCAGAGGAAUUUAAAACAGAACUCUCAAUGGAAACUGUUGGUACCACAGAAACUGAAGUUCUUGAAGAACAGCGUUCCGAAAAAACUGUAGCAUCGGAAAUUCAGAUUGAUAUUGCACAACAUGAAGCUGAACAACCUGGAGAGUUCAAAGCAGAAACUAUGGAAGAAACUGUUUUUACUACUGAAAUUGAAGCUCUUGAAGAACAGCCUCUUGAAGAACCCGUAACAUCUAAAACUGAAAUUGAUGUAGCCCUAUCAGAUGCUCAACAACCAGCAGAAUUUAAAACUGAAACCACAAUAGAACCUGAUGUUACAGCACAAACUGAAAUUAUUGAAGAGAAACCCUCAGAGGAACCUAUUACAUCGGAAAUUAAGUUAGAUGUUGUACAACCCGGCACAAAACAACCAGAAGAAUUUAAGAUAGAAUUGCUAGAAGAUGCACUUGAAACACAAGAGGUAGAAUCUGAAAAACCAAUUGCCUUGGCUACAGCAGGUAUACAAGAAAUAGAAACCUUUGCAACUGAAUUUGUAAAGAAUAUCCUGAAGGAGGUGAAAGAAGCUGAAGAUUUACCUGAAGAAGAAGCUCAGGCACCCAACUUCAUUGUUUUACUCCGGGAUGUGACAGUCAAUGAAUCAUCAGUUCUUAAACUUGAGGUUGAAGUGACAGGAUUCCCUAUACCAGAUAUAACCUGGAACUUUGAAGAUGAAGAAAUUAUAGCUGAAGAUGACAUUGAAAUUAUACACCAGAAAUACAAGUCAACUUUGAUAAUUAACAAAGUCUUACCUGAGGAUGAAGGUGAAUAUAGAGUUGAAGCUACAAACAAAGUUGGACAGUGCUCAUCCAUUGCUUAUAUAACUGUUACAGGUGGUGAUCAAACUGAAGAAGAGGAAGACAAAACUUUCCGUGAAGAAAUAACUAUUGAAAGAGAAACUGAUAAAAUAUCUGUUGAUGUAGAAACAAAGGAGACAGUCACUUAUAAGGAGACCUUGCAAGUGGAACAAGAAAGGACAGAGUUACCAAAACAGGAAGAUGAAACUUUCAAGGAAUUCAUACAGAUAUCUCCAUCUAGAUCUGAAACAGAAAUCAAAGUACAGCUUGAAGAGAAGACUGAAGACAAAAGUGUAGUGAAGCGUACUAUUGAAAUGGAAAAAAUAGAAUUUGAAUCUACUGCUCCCGAGUUAGAAAUAGUUGUGUAUGAAAGACCAACAAUCACCUGCAAGAGCACCAAAUUAGAACGUGUUGAGGAAACUAUCCCUUUUGAACAGAAGGUUGAAGCCGAAGUUCAGUCUGAAAGGACUGAAGAAAAAACAGUCAUGGUUCGAGAAACUUUUCAAGCAAAAAUGACAACUGAAGAACAGAUUGAAGUGGAGCAAUCAAAAGAAACAAUUGACAUUGAAAUCAAAGCACCAGAGAUUGAGACCAUAGAAGAAAUUAAGGAAACAAUCGCGGUCCAAGCUGAUGUUAUAUCAGAAGUUGAAACCAAGGAGGAAACUAUUGAAGCAGAAAAACCAUCAGAUGGUGUUGAUGUUGAAAUUAAAGCACCAAUUGAAGAGACUAUUGAGGAAAUAAGAGAAACAAUAGACAUACAAUCUAAUAUUGUCUCAGAAGUUGAACCUAAGGAAGAAUUAAUUAUUGUAGAAACACCCACAGAAGGAGUUGAUGUAGAAAUUGAGGCACCAACUGAAGAAACUGUUGAAGAAAUGAGAGAAACAAUUGAAAUACAAGCUAAUGUUCUUUCUGAAGUCGAUGCUAAAGAAGAGAUUGUGAGCGAAGAAAAACCAUCAGAGGGUGCCGAUGUUGAAAUUAAAGCCCCAACAGAGGAAACCAUUGAGGAAAUCAAGGAAACUAUUCAAUUACAAAGUGAUGUUGUAAGUAAAGUUCAAGCAAAAGAGGAGACAGUUGAAGAAGAAAAGCCCACCAAGGGUGCUGAUGUUGAAAUAGAAGUACCUACUGAAGAUAUCAUUGAAGAAAUUAAGGAAACCAUUACAGUACAAUCUGAUGUUGUUUCUGAAGUAGAAGCUAACGAAGAGCUUGUCGAAGAAGAAAAACCAUCUGAAGGUGUUGAUCUUAAAAUAGAAGCCCCUGGUGAAGAAACAACUGAGGAAAUUAGAGAAACCAUUGCAGUUCAAGCUGAUGUUGUUUCUAAAGUUGAAGCCAAAGAAGAGACUGUAGAAGAAGAGAAACCAUCUGAAGGUGUUGAUAUUGAAAUAGAAGCUCCUGCUGAAGAGACUGUUAAUGAAAUUAGGGAAACCAUAGCAAUACAAGCUGAUGUUGUCUCUGAGGUACAAGCCAAAGAAGAAGUUGUUGAAGAAGACAAGCCAUCUGAGGGAGUUGAUCUUGAAAUAGAAAUGCCUACCGAAGACACCAUUGACGGCAUUAAGGAUACAGUUGAAAUACAAGCUGAUAUUGUGUCUGAAGUAGAAGCCAAAGAAGAGAUUGUUGAGGAGGAAAAACCAUCAGAGGCUGUUGAUCUUAAAAUAGAGGCACCAACUGAAGAAAUUAUUGGGGAGAUAAAGGAAACGAUUGCAAUACAAGCUGAUGUUGUUUCUGAAGUAGAAGCCAAAGAAGAGGUUGUUGAAGAAGAAAAACCAUCUGAGAGUGUUGAUCUUGUCAUAGAAGCUCCUGCUGAAGAGACCAUUGAUGAAAUUAAAGAAAUCAUUGCAGUACAACCUGAUGUUGUUUCUGAAGUAAAAGCCAAAGAAGAAAUUAUUGAAGAAGAAAAGCCAUCCGAGAGUGUUGAUCUUGAAAUAGAAAUGCCUACCGAAGACACCAUUGACAGCAUUAAGGAUACAGUUGAAGUACAAGCUGAUAUUGUGUCUGAAGUAGAAGCCAAAGAAGAGGUUGUUGAGGAGGAAAAACCAUCAGAGGCUGUUGAUCUUGAAAUAGAGGCACCCACUGAACAAACUAUUGGAGAGAUUAAGGAAACAAUUGCAGUACAUGCUGAUGUUGUCUCAAAAGUUGAAUCCAAGGAGGAGCUUGUGGAAGAAGAUAAACCAGCUGAAGGUGAGGAUCUUGAAGUAGAGACACCGACCGAAGAAACCAUUGAAGAAAUUAAGGAAGCUAUUGUAGUACAAGCUGAUGUUGUUUCUGAAGUAGAAGCCAAAGAAGAGGUUGUUGAGGAGGAAAAACCAUCAGAAACUGUUGAUCUUGAAAUAGAAGCACCAACAGAAGAAACAAUUGGAGAAAUUAAAGAAACAAUUACAGUAGAAGCUGAUGUUGUUGCUAAAGUUGAAUCCAAGGAAGAGCUUGUUGAGGAAGAUAAACCAUCUGAUGAUGCUGAUAUUGAAAUAGAGGCACCAACUGAAGAAACCGUUGAGGAAAUUAAGGAAACAAUUGCGGUACAACCUAAUGUUGUUUCUGAAGUAGAAGCCAAAGAAGAGGUUGUUGAAGAAGAAAAGCCAUCUGAAAGUGUUGAUCUUGUCAUAGAAGCUCCUGCUGAAGAAACCAUUGAUGAAAUUAAAGAAACCAUUGCAGUACAGCCGGAUGUCGUUUCUGAAGUUAAAGCCAAAGAAGAAGUUGUUGAAGAAGAAACACCAUCUGAUGGUGUUGAUCUUGAAAUAGAAAUGCCUACCGAAGACACCAUUGACGGCAUUAAGGAUACAGUUGAAAUACAAGCUAAUAUUGUGUCUGAAGUAGAAGCCAAAGAAGAGGUUGUUGAGGAGGAAAAACCAUCAGAGGCUGUUGAUUUUGAAAUAGAGGCACCAACUGAAGAAACUAUUGGGGAGAUUAAGGAAACAAUUGCAAUACAACCUGAUGUUGUUUCUGAAGUAGAAGCCAAAGAAGAGGUUGUUGAAGAAGAAAAGCCAUCUGGGAUUUUUGAUCUUGUCAUAGAAGCUCCUGCUGAAGAGACCACUGAUGAAAUUAAAGAAACCCUUGCAGUACAACCUGAUGUUGUUUCUGAAGUAAAAGCCAAAGAAGAAGUUGUUGAAGAAGAAAAGCCAUCUGAGGGUGUUGAUCUUGAAAUAGAAAUGCCUACCGAAGAUACUAUUGACGGCAUUAAGGAUACAGUUGAAGUACAAGCUGAUAUUGUGUCUGAAGUAGAAGCCAAAGAAGAGAUUGUUGAGGAGGAAAAACCUUCAGAGGCUGUUGAUCUUGAAAUAGAAGAACCAACUGAAGAAACUAUUGGGGAGAUUAAGGAAACAAUUGCAGUACAAGCUGAUGUUGUCUCAAAAGUUGAAUCCAAGGAGGAGCUUGUGGAAGAAGAUAAACCAGCUGAAGGUGAAGAUCUGGAAGUAGAGACACCGACUGAAGAAAUCAUUGAAGAUAUUAAGGAAACAAUUGUAGUACAAUCUGAUGUUGUUUCUGAAGUAGAAGCCAAAGAAGAGGUUGUUGAAGAAGAAAAACCUUCUGAGGGUGCGGAUCUUGAAAUAGAAACACCAACUGAAGAAACCAUUGAGGAAAUUAAGGAAACCAUUGCAGUACAGGCUGAUGUUGUUUCUGAAGUAGAAUCCAAAGAAGAGGCUGUUGAGGAUGAAAUGCCAUCUGAAGGUGUUGAUAUUGAAAUAGAAACACCAACAGAAGAAACUAUUGAGGAAAUUAAGGAAACCAUUGCAGUACAAGCUGAUGUGGUUUCUGAAGUAGAAGCCAAAGAAGAGGUUGUUGAGGAAGAAAAACCAUCUGAAGGUAUUGAUCUUGAAAUAGAAGCCCCUGCAGAAGAAAUCAUUGAAGAAAUAAAGGAAACAAUUGCAGUAAAAGAAAAUGUUGUGUCUGAAGUAAAAGCCAAAGAAGAGGUUGUUGAAGAAGAGAAACCAUCUGAAGGUGUUGAUCUUCAAAUAGAGGCACCAUCAGAAGAAACCAUUGAAGAAAUUAAGGAAACCAUUGUAUUACAGGCUGAUGUUGUUUCUGAAGUAGAAGCCAAAGAAGAGAUUGUUGAGGAAGAGAAACCAUCUGAAGGUGUGGAUCUUGAAAUCAAAGCUCCUGCAGAAGAAACCAUUGAAGAAAUAAAGGAAACGAUUGCAGUAAAAGCUGAUGUUGUUUCUGAAGUAGAAAUCAAAGAAGAAGUUAUUGAGGAAGAAAAACCUUCAGAGGGUGUUGAUGUGGAAGUCGAAGCACCAAUUGAAGAAACUAUUGAAGAAAUUAAAGAAACCAUUGAAGUACAGGCUGAUGUUGUAUCAAAAAUAGAAUUCAAAGAAGAAAUCAUUGAGGAAGAAAAACCAUCAGAAGGUGUGGAUGUUGAAGUUGAAGCACCAGCUGAGGAAACUAUUCAAGAAAUUAAGGAAACUAUUACAGUGGAAAGUGGAGUUGUUUCUGAAGUUAAGGCUAAAGAAGAAACAGUUGAGGAAGAGAAACCAUCAGAGGGUGUUGAUGUUGAAGUCAAAGCACCAACAGAAGAAACAAUUGAGGAAAUCAAAGAAACUAUUACUGUACAAACAGAUGUAGCUACUAAAGUUAAAUCUAAAGAAGAAUUUAUUGAAGAUGAAAAGCCAUCAGAAAGUGCUGAUUCAGAAAUUGUAGUACUCACAGAAUUGUCUGAAAAAGUGUCUGCUUUAGAAGAAAGCACUGUAACACAGUUAGAAAUAAAAGAGGAAUCAUCAGUUUUGUCAAUUUCAUCAGAGGCAGAAUUUGAAAUACCAAAAGAGGAAUCUAUUCCCGUACAAGUAAAAGAGGAAUCUCCUGUUACUGAAGGUAAAAAGCCAGAAUUUAUUUCAACUUACAAGAACAUUACUGUGGCAGAAGGAGAAACUCUACACUUGGAAGUUACAUUUGUUGGCUUCCCAGCGCCCAUGGUUACAUGGAUCUUGGAUGAUCAACCAAUCAAGACUUCAACUGAUUUCCAUAUCAGUAUUGAUGAUGGCUUCAGUCGCCUUGUUGUUCCUGAAGUGAUUGCUGAUGAUGAAGGAGAAUAUAUGGUAAUCCUAGAAAAUGAACAUGGCAAAGUUACAACAGCGGCAUAUAUCACAGUUAAACCUGAGAAACUUGAAGAAGUAACCCCAGAAAUAAGCACUGAUAUUGACAUAUCAGAAACUGUGAAGAUCAAAGAAGAAAGUGUUGAAGAAACGCAACAGGUAGAAGUUGCUUUUGAGAUGAAACAAGAGGAAAGUCCUGCAGAAAUUGUUUCGCCUAAGGAGCAGCCAGAAGAAGCCGCUCCUUCAGUCCAAGAAAUUGGAGCGCAUGAAGCACCCCGUUUCACGCAGACCCUCCAAAAACAACUUGAAGUAUUCGAAGGCACGUCAGUUACUGUUGAAUGUAUUGUAGUUGGUCAACCAACUCCUACCAUUAAGUGGUUUAAGGAUGAACUUCAGUUAGAUAUAACUGAACGAUUCGUUACUGAAUACCACAAAGAUGGCCGCUGUACACUAACUAUUCAUAGCAUCACAGCCGAUGAAGAAGCCAAAUACAUUUGUGAAGCUCAAAAUGAAGCUGGCGUUGCCAAAACAUGGAUUGAAAUUUUCGUUGAAAAACCACAAACAGUUGCCGAGAGUGAACCUGAGCAACUCUGUCUUGAAGUCACACAAGAGAUUGUGGAAGAAUCUACUCAAGUCCAUGAAAAGCCCAGCUCUGAACUUUCAGUUUUGGCAUUAGAAAUCCCUACAUCGGACGAAAGUACAACAGAAAUCGCUGACAAGAAGGAAGAGACUGUGGAGGGUCUGGAAGUCAGCGUGAGUGAACAAAGUGUCCCCGAAAGCACGGGGGUAAUCACUAUCGACACACUUGAAGAUAAAACACAUGUCGAGACGGAGGUAGUUUCACAUACCCUUGUCACCCAGAAAACAGUGGAAACUGUUUCAGAAGAGAUGACAUUGCAAGGAGAGGCAUCUGAUAAACCGUCAGAUGUAACUUUUGAUACAGAAAAAACUGAAACUGUUCAAGUUUCCGUAAAGGAAACCCAUGAAACAGUCACUUUGGUUCAAGAAGAACCAGUGGAUGAAAUCAAACCAUCAGUGAUUAGUCCACAAAGGGAAAUUGCUCCAGACAUUACUCUUCAAACAGAAGAGUACCAACUUGUGGAACAAGAAGCACAAAUAGUUCCAGACCAAGUUGAUGUUGAACAAAAAUUAGAAGGAGUAGCUCCAGUAUUUACAAAAGAACUGGACUAUAUUGAAGCUUUGGGAGGAAAACCUGUCGAGUUUCUGUGUGUUGUUUCUGGUGUUCCCCAGCCUGAGGUAGAAUGGUUACUUGAUGGAGAACCAAUUGAAGAUACCAAAUUUGAGAAAGUUAUUGAAAGUGAUGGAACAUGUAUUUUGAGAAUUGCUGAAACAUAUCCAGAAGAUGAAGGAGAAUAUGAGUGCAUUGCUAUUAAUGAAUAUGGAAAAGCCACAACAAAAGCUGAUCUAUACAUACAAGUUCCUGUAGAACAGGUUGAUAUAACUACUAAUGAAACUAUCACUCAAGAACAAAAAGAGAAGUUAGUGACUGAAACAAGCCAAACAGAGAGCACAACAGUAGAGGUUCCUGGAGUCGAAAUGCUUAUUACUGAAGUUGUUGUUUCUGAAGUUGAAAAACCAAUCAAAGAAAUAUCUGAGGUGGAAGCUGUUGUUUCAGAAGAAAAACCCAAAGAAGAGGUUUCUAAAGUUGAAUUAGUUAUUCAUGAAGAAGAAAAGCAAACUGAAGAAAUUGCUGAAGUUGUUACUUUUGAAGAGGAAAAACCAAUUAAAGAAAUAUCAGAGGUGGAAGUUGUUGUUUCCGAAGAAAAGCCUGAAGAACAAAUCUCUGAAGUUGAACUGUUUGUUACAGAAGAAGAAAAACAAACUGAAGAAAUUUCAGAAGUUGUUGUUUCUGAAGAGGAAAAACCAAUUAAAGAAAUAUCAGAGGUUGAAGUUGUUGUUUCUGAAGAAAAGCCUGAAGAACAAAUCUCUGAAGUUCAACUGGUUGUUACUGAAGAGGAAAAACAAACUGAAGAAAUCUCAGAAGUUGUUGUUUCUGAAGAGGAAAAACCAAUCACAGAAAUAUCAGAAGUUGAAGUUGUUGUUUCCAAAGAAAAGCCUGAAGAACAAAUCUCUGAAGUUGAAUUGGUUGUUACAGAAGAAGAAAAACAAACUGAAGAAAUUUCAGAGGUUGUUGUUUCUGAAGAAGAAAAACCAAUUAAAGAAAUAUCAGAGGUUGAAGUUGUUGUUUCCGAAGAAAAGCCUGAAGAAGAAAUCUCUGAAGUUGAACUGGUUGUUACAAAGGAGGAAAAACAAACUGAAGAAAUUUCAGAAGUUGUUGUUUCUGAUGAGGAAAAACCAAUUAAAGAAAUAUCAGAGGUUGAAGUUGUUGUUUCUGAAGAAAAGCCUGAAGAACAAAUCUCUGAAGUUGAACUGGUUAUUACAGAAGAGGAAAAACAAACUGAAGAAAUCACAGAAGUUAUUGUUUCUGAAGAGGAAAAACCAAUCACAGAAAUAUCAGAGGUUGAAGUUGUUGUUUCCGAAGAAAAGCCUGAAGAACAAAUCUCUGAAGUUGAACUGGUUGUUACUGAAGAGGAAAAACAAACUGAAGAAAUCUCAGAAGUUGUUGUUUCUGAAGAAGAAAAACCAAUCACUGAAAUAUCAGAGGUUGAAGUUGUUGUUUCCGAAGAAAAGCCUGAAGAACAAAUCUCUGAAGUUCAACUGGUUGUUACUGAAGAGGAAAAACAAACUGAAGAAAUCUCAGAAGUUGUUGUUUCUGAAGAAGAAAAACCAAUCACAGAAAUAUCAGAAGUUGAAGUUGUUAUUUCCAAAGAAAAGCCUGAAGAACAAAUCUCUGAAGUUGAAUUGGUUGUUACAGAAGAAGAAAAACAAACUGAAGAAAUUUCAGAAGUUGUUCUUUCUGAAGUGGAAAAACCAAUCACUGAAAUAUCAGAGGUUGAAGUUGUUGUUUCCGAAGAAAAGCCUGAAGAACAAAUCUCUGAAGUUGAACUGGUUGUUACUGAAGAGGAAAAACAAACUGAAGAACCUGCUGAAUUUGUUGUUUCUGAAGAGGAAAAACCAAUCACUGAAAUAUCAGAGGUUGAAGUUGUUGUUUCCGAAGAAAAGCCAGAAGAACAAAUCUCUGAAGUUCAACUGGUUGUUACUGAAGAGGAAAAACAAACUGAAGAAAUCUCAGAAGUUGUUGUUUCUGAAGAAGAAAAACCAAUCACAGAAAUAUCAGAAGUUGAAGUUGUUAUUUCCAAAGAAAAGCCUGAAGAACAAAUCUCUGAAGUUGAAUUGGUUGUUACAGAAGAAGAAAAACAAACUGAAGAAAUUUCAGAAGUUGUUCUUUCUGAAGUGGAAAAACCAAUCACUGAAAUAUCAGAGGUUGAAGUUGUUGUUUCUGAAGAAAAGCCUGAAGAACAAAUCUCUGAAGUUGAACUGUUUGUUACAGAAGAGGAAAAACAAACUGAAGAAAUUGCGGAAUUUGUUGUUUCUGAAGAGGAAAAACCAAUUAAAGAAAUAUCAGAGGUUGAAGUUGUUGUUUCCGAUGAAAAGCCUGAAGAACAAAUCUCUGAAGUUGAACUGGUUGUUACAGAAGAGGAAAAACAGACUGAAGAAAUUGCUGAAGUUGUUGUUUCUGAAGAGGAAAAACCAAUCACAGAAAUAUCAGAAGUUGAAGUUGUUGUUUCCGAAGAAAAGCCUGAAGAACAAAUCUCUGAGGUUGAACUGAUUGUUACAGAAGAGGAAAAACAAACUGAAGAAAUUUCAGAAGUUGUUGUUUCUGAAGAAGAAAAACCAAUCACAGAAAUAUCAGAAGUUGAAGUUGUUGUUUCCGAAGAAAAGCCUGAAGAACAAAUCUCUGAAGUUGAACUGUUUGUUACAGAAGAGGAAAAACAGACUGAAGAAAUUGCUGAAGUUGUUGUUUCUGAAGAGGAAAAACCAAUCACAGAAAUAUCAGAAGUUGAAGUUGUUGUUUCCGAAGAAAAGCCUGAAGAACAAAUCUCUGAGGUUGAAUUGAUUGUUACAGAAGAGGAAAAACAAACUGAAGAAAUUGCUGAAGUUGUUGUUUCUGAAGAAGAAAAACCAAUUAAAGAAAUAUCAGAGGUUGAAGUUGUUGUUUCUGAAGAAAAGCCUGAAGAACAAAUCUCUGAAGUUGAACUGGUUAUUACAGAAGAGGAAAAACAAACUGAAGAAAUCUCAGAAGUUAUUGUUUCUGAAGAGGAAAAACCAAUCACAGAAAUAUCAGAAGUUGAAGUUGUUGUUUCCGAAGAAAAGCCUGAAGAACAAAUCUCUGAAGUUGAACUGUUUGUUACAGAAGAAGAAAAACAAACUGAAGAAAUUUCAGAAGUUGUUGUUUCUGAAGAGGAAAAACCAAUUAAAGAAAUAUCAGAGGUUGAAGUUGUUGUUUCCGAAGAAAAGCCUGAAGAACAAAUCUCUGAGGUUGAACUGAUUGUUACAGAAGAAGAAAAACAAACUGAAGAAAUCUCAGAAGUUGUUGUUUCUGAAGAGGAAAAACCAAUUAAAGAAAUAUCAGAGGUUGAAGUUGUUGUUUCCGAAGAAAAGCCUGAAGAACAAAUCUCUGAAGUUGAACUGUUUGUUACAGAAGAAGAAAAACAAACUGAAGAAAUUUCAGAAGUUGUUGUUUCUGAAGAGGAAAAACCAAUUAAAGAAAUAUCAGAGGUUGAAGUUGUUGUUUCCGAAGAAAAGCCUGAAGAACAAAUCUCUGAGGUUGAACUGAUUGUUACAGAAGAGGAAAAACAAACUGAAGAAAUUUCAGAAGUUGUUGUUUCUGAAGAGGAAAAACCAAUUAAAGAAAUAUCAGAAGUUGAAGUUGUUGUUUCCGAAGAAAAGCCUGACGAACAGAUCUCUGAAGUUGAACUGGUUGUUACAGAAGAGGAAAAACAGACUGAAGAAAUUGCUGAAGUUGUUGUUUCUGAAGAUGAAAAACCAAUUAAAGAAAUAUCAGAGGUUGAAAUUGAUGUUUCCGAAGAAAAGCCUGAAGAACAAAUCUCUGAAGUGGAACUGGUUGUUACAGAAGAGGAAAAACAGACUGAAGAAAUUGCUGAAGUUGUUGUUUCUGAAGAAGAAAAACCAAUUAAAGAAAUAUCAGAGGUUGAAGUUGUUGUUUCCGAAGAAAAGCCUGAAGAACAAAUCUCUGAAGUUGAACUGGUUAUUACAGAAGAGGAAAAACAAACUGAAGAAAUCUCAGAAGUUGUUGUUUCUGAAGAAGAAAAACCAAUCACAGAAAUAUCAGAAGUUGAAGUUGUUGUUUCCAAAGAAAAGCCCGAAGAACAAAUCUCUGAAGUUGAAGUGGUUGUUACAGAAGAGGAAAAACAGACUGAAGAAAUUUCAGAAGUUGUUGUUUCUGAAGAAGAAAAACCAAUUAAAGAAAUAUCAGAGCUUGAAGUUGUUGUUUCCGAAGAAAAGCCUGAAGAACAAAUCUCUGAAGUUGAACUGGUUGUUACAGAAGAGGAAAAACAGACUGAAAAAAUUGCUGAAGUUGUUGUUUCUGAAGAUGAAAAACCAAUUAAAGAAAUAUCAGAGGUUGAAAUUGAUGUUUCCGAAGAAAAGCCUGAAGAACAAAUCUCUAAAGUUGAACUGGUUGUUACAGAAGAGGAAAAACAAACUGAAGAAAUUUCAGAAGUUGUUGUUUCUGAAGAGGAAAAACCAAUUAAAGAAAUAUCAGAGGUUGAAGUUGUUGUUUCCGAUGAAAAGCCUGACGAACAAAUCUCUGAAGUUGAACUGGUUGUUACAGAAGAGGAAAAACAAACUGAAGAAAUUUCAGAAGUUGUUGUUUCUGAAGAGGAAAAACCAAUUAAAGAAAUAUCAGAGGUUGAAGUUGUUGUUUCCGAAGAAAAGCCUGACGAACAGAUCUCUGAAGUUGAACUGGUUGUUACAGAAGAAGAAAAACAAACUGAAGAAAUUUCAGAAGUUGUUCUUUCUGAAGUGGAAAAACCAAUCACUGAAAUAUCAGAGGUUGAAGUUGUUGUUUCCGAAGAAAAGCAUGAAGAACAAAUCUCUGAAGUUGAACUGUUUGUUACAGAAGAGGAAAAACAGACUGAAGAAAUUGCUGAAGUUGUUGUUUCUGAAGAGGAAAAACCAAUUAAAGUUAAAGAAAUAUCAGAGGUUGAAGUUGUUGUUUCCGAAGAAAAGCCUGAAGAACAAAUCUCUGAGGUUGAACUGAUUGUUACAGAAGAGGAAAAACAAACUGAAGAAAUCUCAGAAGUUAUUGUUUCUGAAGAGGAAAAACCAAUCACAGAAAUAUCAGAAGUUGAAGUUGUUGUUUCUGAAGAAAAGCCUGAAGAACAAAUCUCUGAAGUUGAACUGUUUGUUACAGAAGAAGAAAAACAAACUGAAGAAAUUUCAGAAGUUGUUGUUUCUGAAGAGGAAAAACCAAUUAAAGAAAUAUCAGAGGUUGAAGUUGUUGUUUCCGAAGAAAAGCAUGAAGAACAAAUCUCUGAGGUUGAACUGAUUGUUACAGAAGAGGAAAAACAAACUGAAGAAAUUGCUGAAGUUGUUGUUUCUGAAGAGGAAAAACCAAUUAAAGAAAUAUCAGAGGUUGAAAUUGAUGUUUCCGAAGAAAAGCCUGAAGAACAAAUCUCUGAAGUGGAACUGAUUGUUACAGAAGAGGAAAAACAGACUGAAGAAAUUGCUGAAGUUGUUGUUUCUGAAGAAGAAAAACCAAUUAAAGAAAUAUCAGAGGUUGAAGUUGUUGUUUCCGAAGAAAAGCCUGAAGAACAAAUCUCUGAAGUUGAACUGGUUGUAACUGAAGAAGAGAAACCGAAAUAUGAAACUACUGAAGUGGACGUGAUUGUCACUGAAGAAGAGAAACCAGGAUAUGAAACUACUGAAGUGGAAGUGGUUGUCACUGAAGAAGAGAAACCAAAAUAUGAUACUACUGAUGAAACCUCUGAAGUUGAAUUGGUUGUUACUGAUGAAGAAAAACCAAAGGAUGAAACCUCUGAAGUUUCAUUGGCUUUUACUGAAGAAGAACUUCCAAAAGAAGAAAUAUCUGAAGUUAAAUUGGUUGUUACUGAAGAACAGAAAACAAAAGACAAAACUUUAGAUGUGGAAUUAGUUAUCACUGAAGAAGAAAAACCAAAAGAUGAAACUUCUGAAGUGGAAUUGGUUAUCACUGAAGAAGAAGAACAAAAAUAUGAAACCAAUGAAGUGGAAUUGGUUAUCACUGAAGAUGAGAAGCCAAAAGAUGAAACUGCUGAAGUGGAAUUUGUUAUCACUGAAGAAAAGAAACCAAAAGAUGAAACUGCUGAAGUGGAAUUGGUUAUCACUGAAGACAAAAAGACAAAAUAUGAAACCAGUGAAGUGGAAUUGUUUAUAACUGAAGAUGAUAAACCAAAAUAUGAAACCAGUGAAGUGGAAUUGGUUAUAACUGAAGAUGAGAAACGAAAGGAAAAAUCUUCUGAAGUGGAAUUGGUUAUCACUGAAGACGUGAAAUCAAAGGAUGAAUCUGCUGAUGUUGAAUUAGUUGUCACUAAAGAAGAAACCCUAAAAGAAGAAAUCUCUGAAGUUUCAUUGGUUGUAUCUGAAGAAGAACCAUCAUUAGGUGAAACUGCUGAUGUUUCAUUAGCUCUUACUGAAGAAGACAAAAGUGUAGAUCAAAUAUAUACUGAAUCUGCCAUUGAACAAAAAGUUGAAGAAACUGUGGUUCAAGAGAUUUCAGUGUCUGAAGAAAUACUCUCUGAAAAAGAAAAACUGGUUACAGCAGAAGAAGAAAAAGAAGAUGUUUCUGAUGAAGAAGUCGUUGCUCAAAUUGAAUCUCCUGUUAAAGAUGAAGCUGUGGAACAGACUGUGCCAGAAGUUAUUAAGCAUCUUGCUACAAUUCAAACCAAAGAUGGUGGACAAGCCCGUUUCGAAUGUGUGAUUGCUGGUAGUCCUAAACCUGAUAUUGAAUGGUAUAAGGACAGUGAACUACUUCUUCCAUCAGAAGAGUUCCUCAUUCAGUAUGAUGAAAAUAAUCUUUGUUCUCUGUUUAUAAAUGAUGUUUUACCAGAAGAUGCUGGAAAGUACACAGUUGUUGCCAAAAAUUUAAUGGGAGAGGUUUCAACUACUGCUGAACUUUUCGUUGAAGCUGCAGCAGACUAUGUUAGUGAUGAAGCUAGAGAAGUUGUAGAAGGAAUUGCACCUUCAUUCACAGAAAAACCAAAAUUCCAGAAAGUGGAUGAAGGACAAGAUGUUUCGUUUGAAUGUCAGGUUGUUGCUAAUCCUCAACCUGAGAUUCAUUGGAGCAAGGAUGGUGAAGAACUUCCAAACGAUGACCGAUUUAUAGUUAGUGUUGACCAAGAUAUUGAAAAUUACCACGUUUCUCUUGAUAUUACUGACACUACAACAGAAGAUGCAGGAACUUACACCAUCACUGCUACCAAUCCUCAAGGUCACGAGAGUGUUUCCGCCUCUCUAAUUGUAAAUAAAGUACUUGAGGAGAAAACAGACUUCCGUGAUCAGUUAUCAACAACUGUAGAAGUUAGACAAGAAGAAAAACCAACUGAAGUGGAACAAGUUGACUUUAGACAAACUUUGACCACUGAAGUGAAAACAAAGGUAAAUGUAAAACAUGAAAUGCACCAAAUGGAUUUCCGGCAAGUUUUACGAACAGCGAAAACUACAUCAAUGAAAUUUGAAUCUGAUAUUAAAACUGAAGAGACUAUUGCAAUUGAAGAGCAUGUGACUGAGAUUGUACAACCACAAGUUAUUGCUCCUAAAUUUGAAACAGUCUUUAGUGAUCUUCAUGUCAAGGAAGGUGACUCAGCUAAACUGACCUGUAGAGCACAAGGUGUUCCUGUUCCAGAAAUAACAUGGUACCAUGCUGGGCAAGAAAUUCAUACAGAUGAUGUUUAUGAAAUUACUCCUGGAGAAGAAGGAGAAAGUACUUUAUCUGUUCCAGAAGUACUGGUAGAAGACGCAGGUUUAUACACUGCUCGUGCUACUAAUACAGCUGGCAGUGUUGAGUGCUCAGCUACCAUUUCUGUAGAAGAAGUUCCAUCUGAAGAAGAAGGCAAAUUAGAUGAACCCAGCGAAGAGGUUGUUACAGUUACUGAAGAUAUAGCUGAAAUAGCUGCUACAAAAAUACAAGCUGCCUUCCGUGGAUAUCAGGCUCGAGAACAAGUCAAGGUACUUCGAGAACAAAGUGUGAUAGAAGAUGUAACUAUUGAAACUCAGGAAGCUAGAGAUACUGUUGACUUUGUCAUUGAUGAGGAAAAGACACAAGACUUCCAGCUAAUGCAUGCUGACAAGGAAUUAGAAGUUGGCAUGAAGGUUUUCACCUGGAGAAUUAGCAAAGGGGACAGAAACAGUCCCAUGUCUGAACCAACACUCUUCAAAGAAGAGUUUGAGGUCUCAGACUCUUAUCUCCCUUAUCAGAUGACGCUUGAAGAAACACAAGAAGAAAUUCAGGAUGUCACUGCUGAAUUCUCAAUGAAGGAACAGACCAUUGCUUUGGAUGAGGCCAUUGUUGAUGUGGACACACAAGCCAAAUUUUCACUUGAGCAGCCUGCACCAGAAGCACCACAAGUAACUAAAGAUGUGGCAGAAGAAUUUACACUAGAUUACCAAGAACAAGUCAAGACUGACGACAUCUCUGUGGAUGUUACUGUAGCUCCAAUGUUCCAUGAGCAGUUGGAAGAUCAAGAGGUGACAGAGGGUGACACCGUUAAGCUGACUGUGAAGGUCUCUGGAAAGCCUGAACCAGAAGUAUCAUGGUUGAAGGAUGGUGUUGAUUUAACUAUUAAUGAACAUUAUGAAAUAAGUCAUGAUACAGAAGGAACAUUUACUUUAACAAUUCAUGAUGUCACAGUGGAUGAUGAUUAUGAAUACACUUGUAAAGCUUCUAACGUGGCUGGUUCAGUUACCACAUCUGCAGAAGUCUUUGUUCAACAAGGAGGUGAAGCUCCUACAUUCAUCAAGUGUAUUGAGGAUGUUACAGUUGAAUAUAAUGCACCUAUCACUCUCGAAGUACAGGUCAAAGGACAACCUAAACCUGAAUUAACUUGGACAAUUGAUAAUGAAGAACUACCAGCUGAUAGAUAUAGGAUUGAGGAGUUGCAUGAUGUUGUUCGUCUGAUCAUUGAAAAAUCUGAAUUAGAUGAUGAGGGUGAAUAUACUGUUAAAGCAACCAAUCCUAAAGGUGUUGCUACAUGUCAUGCCGAAGUUACUCUUAGGCUUAAUGGUCCAGAAUUUGAUAAACCAUUGAAUAAUGUUUUGACUAAGCUUAAGAGCACAGCUGUGUUUGAAUGUACAGUAACUGGUACUCCAUUACCAGAAAUCACCUGGUUUGUCGACGAUAAGAAAAUUACUAAAGGUCCUAAAUAUAAUUAUAGUUGCGAGGAUAGACGUUGCAUUUUAACCUUAAAUGAAGUUACGACCGAAGACGUUAAUAAGACAUACACAUGUAAAGCUGUGAAUCCUGUUGGUGAUGCUUCUACGUCUGCUAAAUUGACAGUGGAAGUCCCAGCACGCAUUGUUGAUGCACCUAAAGCAAUCAAUGUCCAAGAAGGGGAAAACAUCUCCAUCACAUGCAAAAUCGAAGGUCUACCUUCACCAACAGCAAAAUGGACUGUCAACAACAAACCAUUGGCUGUUGAUGAUCGUCAUAUGAUUGACUUGACACCAGAAACUGUAACUCUUACAAUUCCCAAAUCAGUUGUGGAAGAUACUGCUGUUUACACCCUCACAAUACAAAAUGACUAUGGAACAGAUAAUGUAUCUGUAGAAGUUACUAUAACAGGAAUUAAAGAAGAAAUCAAAGAUCAAGCACCAGAAUUCAUUCUUACAAUCAAAACACAAGAUGUUAAUGAAGGUGAGACUGCAGACUUCAAUUGUGAAGUUACUGGUCAACCAAAACCAGACGUCACAUGGUUGUACAAUGGUAAGGAAUUGAAAGAUGAAGAACGUUAUUUGGUAUACGAAAAAGAGAAUCUCCACCAUCUUGAAAUCUAUAAUGUUAUACCAGAAGACAAGGGAGAAUACACUGUUAAGGCCAAGAAUAAAGUAGGAGAAAAGACAUGCUCAACAGAACUUUUAGUGAAAGAGAAACCAGUCGAAGAAAAACCAAAAUUAGAAGCUCCUAAAUUUAUUGUUUCUGUGCAAACUAUUGAAACAAAGGAAGGAGAAACUGCCAAAUUUUACUGCAAGGCCACUGGUGUACCAAAACCCACACUUGUGUGGUAUAAGAAUGACAAAGAAAUCACUAAAGAUGACUCCCAAUUUACAAUUGAAUUUGGUGAAGAUGGAGAUUCUUCUUUACUUAUUGUUAAUGUUCUUCCUAGUCAUGAUGGUACAUUCACCUGUGAAGCUAAAAAUGAAGCUGGCAAAGAUAAAUGUAAAGCUGAACUCUUUGUUGAAGAAAAACCAUUGGAAAAACUGUCUCCUCCUGAAUUUAUAAAAGUUCCAGAACAAGUGGUUGCUAGGGAACGUGACAGAGCUGAAUUCAUUGUGAAAGUUAUUGGUCAACCAAAACCAAAUGUCACAUGGUUACGAGAUCAACAAGUUCUUGAAGAUGCAGAAUUAUAUCAUCAAGAGAAAUAUGAGGACACCUAUUGUUUUGAGAUAAAAGAUGUUGAUCUUGAAGAUGCUGGUAAUUUUACCUGUAUUGCUAAGAAUUCUGAAGGAGAAGCUAAAGUACAAAUACCAUUAAUUGUCAAUGAAAUUAAACGUGAAGAACGUCUAUCUGAAUCACCACUUGUCUUGAGAACACCAGAUGACUCCAGUCCUCCAGUCUUUACUCAAGUAUUUGAUGAUGUGACUGUUAUGGAAGAAAAACCAUUGAAACUAGAAGCUAAAGUAACUGGAUUACCUAGACCAGAAAUAAAAUGGCUGAGAAAUGGUGUAGAAAUAACUUCCACGCCAAACAUCAAGAAAUCAUACGAGGGAGAAGACUGUUUUAUAAGAUUUGGUCAUGUUAGUAUGGCCAAUGAAGGUGAAUAUUCAUGUGUGGCUAUAAAUCCUGCUGGUACUACUGAACAUAAAGCUUUUGUGACCAUUGAAGGUAAAAGUGAAAAGCCACAUUUUACUAAAGAAUUAUCACCCAAAGACUGCAGGGAAGGUCGUCCUAUCAAAUUUGAAUGUGCUGUCAAAGGUAUUCCUCAACCAGAAGUAAUUUGGUUUAUCAAAGAACAACCUAUUGAACCUAGUAUUAGAUUCCACAUGGAUCAUCGUAAAGGCUAUAAUGGAGAAGACAUACACAGCCUGGCUAUUGAACCUACUGAGGUAGAAGAUGCUGGUCUAGUCAGAGCUGUUGCUAAGAACAAGGCUGGGGAAAUAUCAUGUGAAGCCAAGCUUAUCAUUCAAGAAAAGAAAGAAGCUCCCAAAUUUAUCAAGAAAUUGGAAACCACAGAAGCCCUGGAGACAGAAUCUGUACGUAUGGAAGUUGUUGUUACAGGCAAACCUAAGCCAACUAUUACAUGGGUGAGAGGAGAUACUGAAUUAAAGGAAAGUGAAGAUAUUAAAUUUGAGGUAGAUGACCAGACUCAUACUUUGAUUCUUCACAAAAUCAAAGCAAGUGAUGCUGGUCUUAUUACUGCUCGAGCGGUUAAUUCAGGAGGACAGCUAGCUUGUAAUGCUAGACUCAAAAUCACCCCUGUUAAGAAACCAACAUUCGAGCGUAAAUUAUCAGACACACUUGUUCCAGAAAAUGGAACUGUCAAAUUUGAAUGCAAAGUCAAAGGUGUUCCUAUGCCAGAUAUCCAAUGGAUGUGCAAUGGUCAGCCAAUUGAACCCAGUGAUAAGGUCAAAAUGGAGGUCAACAAAAAGGAUGGCACCUACUCAUUGGUUAUCGAAGAUGCACCAUCUAAAUACCAGGGAAAGAUUGAAGCUGUUGCCAAAAACAAUGGAGGAGAAGUACUCUGUUCUGCUAAACUAGAAGUCAGAGGUCGUGCUCCUACAUUUAUUGAACCUCCAACCAAGUGCACAGUACUUGAAGGUCAUCAAGCUGAAUUCCGUUGUACCAUUGAUGGUGAACCUAAACCCAAAAUUGAAUGGUCAAAGGGCAAGUGGCUGAAAAUACAAGAUGGAGGCCGCAACAGAGUCUUCUAUGAUGAGAAGACCAAUCAACAAGUGAUGCAAAUCAAAGAGAUUAAAAACAAAGAUUCUGGAACCUACACAGUUACCAUAUCUAAUGAACAUGGUACAGAAAAUCUGCCAGCUACACUAAUGGUCACCGAUAAACUAGAAGAAAUGGUUGACUGGAAGUCCACUCUUAAACACAGGGAAUCUGUAAGCCAUGGUUCUGAUGAAGCAGAAAUAAACUGGAGAGAUAUGUUAAAACAUGUUGAUGAUGGAGAACAAUCUUCAUCCUCCAAGAGUAAAACUGUCUCACCAGAACAUGAUGUAGACAGAAAGGUCUAUACACCCAUUGAAAAACACGAGAGACCAGAGCAGGAGUUUGCUCUAGAACUUGAAGAAAAGCUGGAGAGUUAUCUCAGGAUGCCUGGUAUGGAACUAGAACAACGAGAAGCUGUAGAACUAGAACAAUAUCAGAAGAAACCUAAAGCUGCCAUGGAACUCACCACUGAAAUAGAAGAAGAAAGUGCUCACUAUGUCCGGGGUGUCAAAUCUUCCAAGGAGGAAGAGGAAGCAGCAGCAACUUUGACCAUACCCAAAACUAAAGAAGGGAUUGAUGAGCAGUGGAAGUGGGUUGUUCCACUUGAAGAUCUCACAGUCAAAGAGCGAGAAGAAGCUAAAUUUGAAUGUGAACUCGCAAUACCUAAUGUCAAUGUUGUUUGGAAGUUUCAAGGUGAAGAGGUUAUACCCUCUCCCAAAUAUGCUGUGAAAGCAGACAAGAAAAAGCAUACCCUUGUAGUCAGCAAAUGUCGACCAAAGGAUGAAGGAGAGGUUUCAUGCGCCUAUGGCAAAAUCAUCACAGAAGCCAAACUUAAUGUUGAACCUGUACCUGCAAACUUUGUGAUGAGUCUUGAAGACAAAGUGGCUAAACAAAAUGGAUCUGCCACCUUCACAGUUAGAACUAAUGAUGAUGAAGCUGAAGUAGUCUGGUUAAUCAACAACAAGCCAAUUACAGCCAGUGAUAAAUACAAGAUAGUUCACAAUAAAUAUGAUCAUACUUUAACUAUCAGCAACUUGAGUCCAGGUGACAACUGUGAAGUUACAGUAACUUUGGGUGAUAAUAGUACAUCUGCUGAACUCAAAGUUCAAGAAAUAUCUGCAGAAUUUGUUGUACCUCUCAAGGAUGUCAAAGGAAAAGAAAACUCUGAUGUUGAAUUUUCUUGUGAAGUAACACUUCCAGUUGAUGAACCCAAAUGGUUUAUUAAUGACAAAGAGAUCAUUCAGGAUGAAAAAUUCACUUUUGUCAUUGAUGGUAAGAAACUAAAACUGAAAAUCAAAGAUGUGAAACCAGUUGAUGCAGGAGUUGUGACUAUCAAAAUUGGUGAAAAAUCAUCAUCUGCUAAGUUUACUGUUGAAGAAAUUGAAGCCAAUUUCACAGUACCGUUGGAAGAUGUCAGUGCAUAUGAGAAGUCUUCAGUUGAUUUUGUCUGUACCCUUAAUAAAGAUACUGAUGAUGUGAAAUGGUACUGUGACAACAUAGAACUUGUUCCUAAAGAAAACAUCAUUAUUCAAAAAGAUGGCUGCCAACACAAGCUCACUCUGAAAGAUAUUGGUCUUAAAGAUGCUGGUGUAGUCAUGGCCAAGGUUGGCAAGAAAAAGUCUCAAGCCAAACUAAAGGUUCAAAAAUUACCAGCUGACUUCACAGUUCCUUUGAAUGAUGUUACUUCGAAGGAAAAUGCCACUGCUGAAUUUAUUUGUGAGCUUUCUCAAGACCUACCAAAAGUCAAGUGGUUCAGGAACAACAAGGAACUCAAAGAGGGUAAAACUGUCAAAUUUGUUAAAGAUGGCAAAAAACAUAAAUUGAUAUUGUCAGAUGUCAAGGUAGAUGAUGAAGGUCAAAUCAGUAUCAAGGUUGGAGACAAGCAGACAACAGCCAAUCUGUUUGUACAAGAAGCUUCACCUCUGUUCAUACGGCCACUUAAAGAUGUCAAAGUGAAGGAAGGAGAGGAUGCUGAAUUCCUUUGUCAACUCAACAAAGCAGGAGCCACUGUAAAAUGGUGUCUGGAUGGACAAGAAGUAGUGGAAGAUAAGAGAUUCAUCAUUUCUGUUGAUGGCAAGGAAUAUAAGUUAAUAAUCAAAGAUGCUGUGCUGUCCGAUUCUGGUGAAAUCAGUGCUCGAGUUGAAGAUAAGCAGACAGCAGCUCAACUAACUGUCCAAGAAAUCCCUGUUGAUUUCACUGCACUACUUAGUGAACAAAUGGUUGAGGAACACAAAAUUGCAUACUUCACAUGUGAAGUUAAUAAGGAUGACGUCUCAGUCACAUGGUAUAAACAAGGCGAGGAAAUAACGCCUAGCAACAAACAUAUCAUGCAAGAAGAUGGCCGCUCACAUACUCUUGUAAUUAAAGAUGUAGACAAGGCUGAUGUAGCUGAAUACUCAGUUGUCAUUGGUGACAAACAAAGUUCUGCUUGUCUAUAUCUAGAUGAAAUUCCCAUUAAACUACAUCUGACUGUAAAACGCUAUUCAACUUCCACUGAGUCGCUUGCUGUAUUUACGUGUAACGUGUCUAAGAGUAAUAUGCGUGUAUCAUGGUUGAAAGAUGACGAGGAACUUAAACCUAGUCGUAAAUAUGAGAUGACCGACAUCGGCUGUUUGCACAAGCUUACUCUACAUGACUUAUCUACCCUUGAUUAUGGGGAUUACAUUGUUGUAAUUGGAAGUAAACGCAUGACUGGCAUGAAUCCCAAAGAAGAAGCACCAUUACAGUAUAAGCUACCUCUCUCUGAGCAAACUUGCAAGGAAGGUGAGACUGUGACAUUCACCUGUGAAGUGACAGAGGCUCUUUUACCAGCCAAGUGGUUUAGAGAUGGCAAACAGCUGUCACCCUCAGAUACCAUUGUCAUGGAAUGCGAUGGUAAAACACAUAAAUUAACAAUUAAAGAUGCCACUCUUAAUGAUGAUGCUGAGUACACUAUUGCUGUCAAGGGCAAGGAAAGCUCAGCUCGGUUGACAGUCAAAGAAGUUCCCAUUGAAAUCGUUGUACCACUAAAAGAGACCGAAUGUACUGAAGGUGAUGCUGUUACAUUGACUUGUGAGAUCAACAGACCUAAUGUUGAAGCUAAAUGGUUCAAAGACAAAGCAGAACUACCAUCAUCCACUUAUUGUCUUCAGCAGGUUGAUGGCACGAAACAUACUUUAACCUUCCCCAGAACAUCACUCUCAGAUGAAGCUGAAUACACCAUUGUUAUCCGAGACAAGACCUCAACGGCUGUUCUCUUUGUUGAAGAAGUCGCUACCUUCUUUGUCAAAGGCCUUUCUGACGUGGAGGUUACAGAAUCGGAUAAUGUCACCCUUGAUGUGACACUCUCACGUCCAGAAUCACAUGUUAAAUGGUUGUUUGAUAAUGUUGAGAUAGAACCCAGUGAAAAAUAUGAAUUUGUUAUAAAAGAUGUAGAUAGAGAACUUGUCGUUUAUGAUGUUAAUCUUAAUGAUGAUGGUGAUUACGCUUGUAAAGCUGGAGAAGUUUCUACUACUGCUCAUAUAACUGUUAAGGAAUCAACACCGAGAAUUGUUUUGCCGUUAUCUGAUAAUGAGUGUUUAGAAGGAGAAACAGUGAGUUUUGUUUGUGAGGUAUCUAGAGAAGGUGUUCCUGUCAAAUGGAUGAAGGAUGGAGUUGAGAUCACAGAAGUUGAUGGCUUUGUAUUUAUUGUUGAUGGAAGACAACACAUCUUGAAAAUACCUGAUACCACUAUAUACCAUGAUGCCGAGUACACCAUUAUGGUUGCUGAUGAUACAUCAACUGCUAAACUUUAUGUUGAGGAAACUGAGGCUGGUUUCAAAUCUGGAUUAAAGGCCACUCAAGGUAUUGAGGGAGAAAAUGUGGAGUUUGAGUGUGAAUUAAGUAAAGAGAAUGUGAAGGUUCGUUGGUUGAAGAACAAGAAACCACUUCUUCCCAGUGAACGUAUCAAGAUGGUGUGUGAUAAAUAUCGCUAUGUCCUUCGCAUCCAAGAGACAAUUCCUGAGGAUGAAGGAGAAUACACAGUUGUAUUACCAAGUGAUAAGGAAUCUUCAGCCUUCUUGAAAAUCUUGCCUCUUGCUCCUGUAUUUGUUAAACAUCUUGAAGACAUUUGGGCCAAGGAAACAGAAGCGGCUGAAUUUGAGUGCCAGAUGACAAAGAAGGAUGUUGUUGUACAGUGGUUAAGAGAUGAUAAGGAAAUAGAACCAUCUGAUUUGAUUGAAGCUGUCACUCAAGAUUUCAGUCAUUAUCUUUACUUUAACGAACUUGAAUUAAAAGAUGAAGGAGAAUAUAAAUGUGUCUGUGGUCCAGAAAUGACCCAUGCUAAACUCCAUGUUGAACCUAUACCAACUAUUUUCACUAAAAAUCUGAAGUUCCAGGAUGUCUUGGAAGAAGAAGUGAUCUCUCUAGAAUGUCAUGUCAAUAAACCCAACAAAAAAGUAAUAUGGAAGAAAGAUGGUAAAGAAGUCAAACCAGAUGAUCGUAUUAAGUUUGGUGAUGAACGUUAUGCUCACACACUUGUCUUGUCUAAUGCCAUCUUAGAAGAUACUGCUGAAUACACGUGCUCCUGUGAUGAUGCUGUUACCAAAGCCCAGGUUACAGUUGAAGAAAUACCUCUGGAAUUUAUCACACCAUUACGUGGUCUAACCCUUAAAGAAGAUGAGAAACUUGUCUUGUCGUGUGAAGUUUCUAAACCAGAUCGUACAGCAGUUUGGUACAAAGAUGGAGAGGAAAUAACUCCAAAAGAAGGCACCAAGAUUACAUCAGAUGGUAAACAUCACAAGCUCCAAAUUGAUAAAGCAACUCUGGAUGAUGAAGCUGAUUACACUGUCAAAAUUGAUGGAAAAUCCAGCAAGGCAAUGGUUCUUGUUGAAGAAAUUCCAGUGGAAAUAUUAAAACCUCUUAAAGAUCUAGAAGUCAAAGAGAAAGACACUGCCAAAUUUACUUGUGAAAUUUCUAAGCCGAACAUGAAAGCCAAAUGGAUGUAUGAUGGAACUGAACUCAAGUCUUCAGAUACUUGUGAAAUGACAGUAGAUGGGAAAAUCCACAGUCUUAAGAUGAUAAAUGUUAAAACAAAUGAUGCUGGAAAAUAUGUUGUCAUUAUUGAGACUAAAACUAGUUCAGCUUUAUUAAAAGUAAAAGAAACACCACUAACUAUCGUAACACCCAUUAAAGAUCUUAAAAUUCAAGAAUUUGAAACUGCCAUAUUUACAUGUGAGGUAUCUAAGCCUAAUGUGGAAGCUAAAUGGUAUCACCAAGAUAAAGAAGUUCAAGAAAAAGAUGGCUAUAUCAUCAAAGUUGACAGAAAUAAACAUUAUCUUGAGUUUAACAAUGUCACCGUUUCAGCAAGUGGCAAAUUUUCAGUUAAAUUUGGUGCACUUGAAUCUAAAGCUAAACUAACUGUAAAAGAAAUUCCUGUGGCAAUAACAGUACCAUUAAAAGACAUCACAAUCACAGAAUCACAGACAGUUACCUUUGAAUGUGAAGUUAACAAAUCAGGAUUAACACCAAAAUGGCUACACAAAAAUAAAGAGGUUAAGGCUAAAGAUGGAUUUGUUAUCAAAAGUGAAGAUAAAAAGCAUUCAAUAACAAUUGAAAGUGCAACAAUAGAUCACACUGGCAAAUUUAUGGUUAAAUUUGCUGAAGUUAAAAGUGAAGCCAAACUAACUGUUACUGAAUUGCCAUUAGAAUUCAGUACUCCACUUAAAGACCUCACUGUCAACGAAAAUGAAUCAGUCUUAUUUGAAUGUGAACUUUCCAAAACUGGACUCAGUGUAAAAUGGUACCACAAAGGAAAGGAAGUAAAAUCCAAAGAUGGUUAUACCAUAAAAGCUGAUGGCAUGAAACAUUCACUGAAAAUUGAUAAAACAACUGUUGAUCACACUGGUGAAAUCAGUCUGAAAGUGAAAGACAAAUCAACAUCUGCUAAACUUACAGUUAUAGAAUUACCAGUGGAAUUCAUCAGACCAUUAACAGAUGUCAAAGUUGCAGAAAAUAAGAAUAUAACCUUAGAAUGUGAAGUUAAUAAACCAAAUAAAAAGGCACGCUGGUUACUUGAGGGUAAUGAGAUCAAAGCUAGUCAACGAAUUAAAAUUGUUUCAGAGCUUGCUGUUCAUAAACUGAUCAUCUCUAAAUCCGUAGUAGAAGAUGAGGGUGUUUAUAAGAUUUUUGUGGAAGACAAGGAAUCUAAGGCAGAAGUUCGUGUUGAAGAAUUGACCAUAGAGAUUGUCAAGCCCCUGAAAGACAUUCAGGCCACAGAAAAUGAAACUGUUACAUUCAAAUGUGAAGUUUCACGGGCUGGUAGCAAAGCAAAAUGGCUUAAGGCAGGCAAAGAAUUAACUGUUGCCGAUGGUUACAAAAUGAAAGUAGAUGGUGCUGUGUUCAGUCUUAUCCUUGAUAAGACAUCUACUGAAGAUGCUGGAGCUUACACCAUUGAAAUCGAGGAUAAAAAGAGCACUGCUAAUCUUAAAAUCAAAGAAGCUCCAGUAGAGAUUGAGAAACAAUUGGCAGAUAUACAAGUUACAGAAGGUCAAGAGAUCUUUUUGGAGUGUGUGGUAUCCAAACCCUGUGAAGCUACUUGGUAUAAGGAUGGUAACAAAGUUUCAGCUGAAGGCAGAUUCAAGAUUGUUGGAGAUGGAACUCUCCAUCGUUUGACAAUUGAUGAAGCGGAGGGAGAAGAUGCAGCUGAAUACUCUGUCAAGGUUGGAGACAAAACAUCCAAAGCUACGGUUAAAGUUGAAGAAGAAUUCAUUGAAUUUGUUCGUAAUCUUGAAAAUGUAGAUGUCAAGGACAUACCAUGUGAUGCUGUGUUUGAUUGUGAACUUAGCAAACCUGAUGUAGCUGUUGUGUGGUUCCAUAAUGAGACACCAUUAUUACCAGGUGAUAAACAUGAGAUAAUUGUUGAUGGUUGUGAACAUAAACUAAUAGUACAUGAGAUAGAGGGUAAAGAUGAAGGAAAUUAUAAAAUUGUUGCCAAGAGUAAAAAAUCAGAAGCAGCUCUAUUUAUUGAAGCCCCACCCAAGAUCUUUAUCGACAAGAAAUAUGAAGAAAUUGUCUACCUCAAUAUUGGUCAGUCGACAGCCUUUGAGAUCCCAUUCUCAGGUAAUCCACAACCUAAAAUCAGCUGGCAGUUUAAUGGUGGAGAUCUUCCAGAUAAAAAACGUGUGGAGUCAGAAACCAUCUAUAAUAUGACUACCAUUAGACUGAGUCAUGUUAAACGUUCAGAUACUGGAAGUUACACUGUUAUUAUGGAGAACUCUAAUGGCAAAGCUACCAUUGAUAUCAAGCUUGUUGUCCUUGACAAACCAACACCACCACAGAAUGUGACAGUAUCAGAUAUUACUAUAGAAUCUGCUGUGUUACACUGGGAACCACCAGCAGAUGAAGGAGGCAAACCGGUUACAUCAUACAUUGUGGAGAAACGUGAAGCUAUUAGACGAGCCUGGAAUGAAUUGGGUGAAACUUCUAAUCUCGAACUACCAGUUAAAGGAUUGGUCAAAGAUGCUCAAUAUGUUUUCCGAGUAUAUGCUAAGAGUGAAAUUGGAAAGAGUGAACCUACAGAAUCUGAGAAAAUCACAGCCAAACACAUGUUUGUUGUACCUGAUGCUCCAUCAAAACCAACUGUAUCUGAUGUCCGAAAAGAUUCAGUAAAUCUGACAUGGACACCACCUACUAAUGAUGGUGGAUCUCCUGUAACAGGCUACAUGAUAGAAAAGAUGUCUGGAUUCAGUCCAAGAUUUGUACAAGUUACCAAGGAACCUGUGACAGAUCUUACCUACCAUGUAACAGAUCUGAUUGAAGACAAUGUAUACCAGUUCCGAGUUAUUGCUGUAAAUCUUGCUGGACCAUCCAAACCAGGAGAACCAUCAGAAGAAAUCAAGACAAAAGAUCCAUGGACUGUGCCAGGUCGUCCUGCUGUACCUGAAGUUACCGGAACAGACAAGAAAUCAGCAGCUCUGAAAUGGUCUCCACCAGAAUCCGAUGGAGGUAGUCCAAUUACAAACUAUGUUGUAGAAUAUAGACCAAAAGGAUCCUACAAUUGGACCAAGGCUAAUGAGGGUGUUGUUGUUCCUGAUACCACCUUCAGUGUGAUAGGUCUACGAGAAAAUUCUGAGUAUGAAUUCCGUGUUGCUGCUGAAAACAAGGCAGGUGCUGGAGAACCAUCUGAACAUACCAAACCAGUUAAAGUCAUAGAGCCUAUUGUUGGUACACCACCAGUCAUCAUAGAACCAUUAUUAGAUGCUACUGUUAUAGCUCCUAAGGAUGCAAUAUUGGAAUGUGAUGUUGAUGUUGGAGAACCAGAGUCAGAAAUUAAAUGGUUCAAGGCAUCUAAAGAAAUCCAUAAAUCAUCUAAAUAUGAAAUGAGUUACGAAGAUGAAGUAGCAUCAUUAGUGAUUCACCAGACAGAACCUUCUGAUGCUGGCAAAUAUAAAUGUGAAAUUUUUAACCCAUUGGGUAAAGUUCAGACCGAAGGAAGCCUAGCUGUUCACACACCACCUGCACUUGAAUAUGACAACAAAUUAAAAAGUGCUCAAAAGGUCAAAGCUGGAUCCACAAUUAUCAUACAAGUCAACACCAGUGGUAUUCCAUUACCUACCAUAAAAUGGAUGUUAGGUGACAAACCAUUAGAGAAAUCACAACGUGUAAAUAUUGAUACUACAGACGUAUAUUCUACAGUCACCAUCAAGAAUGCUAUGUUGGAUGAUUGCGGUGUCUAUCAUAUAACUGCUGAAAAUGUUGUAGGCAAAGCUGAAGCAGAUUUUGAAGUUAUUGUCAAAGACAAACCAUCCAAACCAAGCAAUCUCCACCCGAUAGAAGUACAGAAGGAUUCCAUUGCUUUCUCCUGGGAACCUCCUGCAAACAUAGGUGGAUGUGAUAUUACUGGAUAUGUUAUUGAGAAACGUGAUGCCAAGCGCAAUACUUGGAUGCCAGUUCACACUGUAGAUGGUGCCACCAACACAUACACUGUAUUAAAACUUCUUGAAGGUACAGAAUACUAUUUCAGAGUUUCUGCUGAAAACGAAAUUGGUGCCAGUGAACCUGCUGAAAUAUUUGAAGGAAUUGUAGCCAAGAGUCCAUUUGAUGUACCUAGUGCACCCAGAAAGUUCCAACCAACAGAAGUCACCAGAUCUUCAGUAACAUUGACUUGGGUACCACCUGAAAAUGAUGGUGGAAGUCCUGUGACAGGUUAUCUCAUUGAAAAGAAAACUCGUUCCAGUCCUAGAUGGAUGAAAUGCAAUAAGAGCCCUGUCCGUGACACCAUCUAUACUGUCACUGAUCUUGUAGAAAAUGACGAGUAUGAAUUCAGAUGUACUGCCGAAAACACUGCAGGAGCUGGUAAAGCUACUGAUGCCGUUGGUCCAAUCAAAGCCAAGGAUCCAUUUGAUAAACCUGAUGCCCCAGGUCGACCAGAAAUUAUUGAUGUAACAAAAGAAUCCAUGACAUUGAAAUGGGUAGCCCCAGAGAAAGAUGGCGGAAGUCCAGUAUUUAACUAUGUGAUUGAGAUGAGGCUUAAAGGUGCAGUCAGAUGGGUUGUCUACAGCCAAAAUAUUAAAGUACCUGAACCCAACCUUGUAGUUAAAGAUCUAGUUGAGGGAACACAAUACGAGUUCCGUAUUUUAGCUGAAAACAAAGCUGGAUUAUCACCACCAUCACAACCAUCUCAGCCAACAAUUGCCAAAGAUCCAAUCAUUGGAGAAGCACCAACUGUAUUGGAAGGAUUACCAGAUUUAACUGUAAUGGCUAAUGAAACAGUAAUACUGGAAUGUAAAAUCAAUGGUGAACCAGUGCCAACUAUUAAAUGGAUUAAAGAUCAAAGAGAAGUGAAUGAAGAUAAACGUCAUGAGAUGUUAUAUGAUGGUAACACUGCAACAUUGACAAUAACUGAUGUCACAGAGAAAGAUGGUGGAAGCUAUAUGGUAGAAGCUAGCAAUGAUCUAGGGACUGUCAACACCUCUGGUUCGCUAGAAAUACAAGCUCCCCCAUAUCUUGAAUUUGACAACAAGUUCAGGGAUGUGAUUACCUUACAAGCUGGUGCCAACUUGAAGGUACCAGUAAAGGUUUCUGGUAUCCCAACACCAAGAUUGUUGUGGGUGAAAGAUGAUAAACCAUUAAAGACAUCAGGACGUAUGACAGUGGAUAUUAAGGACACUACAACUUCACUCGCUAUUAAGAAAAUACUAAAGGAAGACGAUGGUCUUUAUAUCUUGAAAGCGGAAAAUGAUGCUGGAGAAAUCACUGCUAAAUUUGAUGUAGAGAUUAUUGAUGUACCAGGCCAACCUGAAGGACCAAUCACAACUGAUGAUAUACAACGUAACUCUGUCACUUUGACAUGGAAACCACCAAAAGAUGACGGUGGUGCAGAUAUUAAAACUUACAUCAUUGAACGUAAAGAGGCCAAACGUAACAUGUGGACUAAAGCUGGUAGUGUGAAAGGAGACAAACUGACUUUCACCCCAACAGGGUUAACAGAAGGUAUGGAAUAUUUCUUCCGUGUAUCUGCUGAAAAUGAAGUUGGAAUAUCAGAGCCUCUGGCCAUGGAUUCACCAGUUAUACCCAAGAGUCCAUUUGGUAAACCAUCUAAACCUAUUGGACCUAUUGCUGUAUCAGAUAUUAAAGAAGACAGUGCUGUAUUAACUUGGUCACCCCCAGAAUCAGAUGGUGGUUCUCCAUUAACUGGCUAUGUCAUUGAGAAGAAAGACAAGCGAAAAACAUCUUGGACAAAAGUUAUUAGUAUUGAUGAAAAGACUUUAACAUACAAAUGCACCAAGUUGAUUGAAAAUACUGCUUACAUCUUCCGUGUCAGUGCCAUUAAUGCUGAAGGUCAAGGAGAACCAUUAGAAUCAGAUGAGGUUAUUCCAACAAAACCAGCAGAAGUACCUGGUAAACCAAUAGGUCCAAUCAAGUUUGAUAAAGUUUUAGAAGACUCUGUCAAACUCUCAUGGUCUGCACCAAAGAAAGAUGGUGGCUCAAAGAUAAAGAAUUACACCAUUGAAAUCAGUGAUGAUGAUAAAACAUGGACACCUCUUGACACAGUAGAUGGUAAAACUACUACUUAUGAUGCCAAAAAGCUGAAAGAAGGAACCAAAUAUAAAUUCCGUGUAGCUGCCAUUAAUGAAGUUGGUACUGGAGAUUAUCUUAUCUCUGAUUCAGUGACACCACAAAGAAAAUUAGUUGCUCCAUCAGCACCAGUUGGUCCCCUUGAAGUAACAGGUGUACAACGUGAUAAUGUUACAAUUAAAUGGCAACCACCAGAAAAAGAUGGUGGCUCUCCAGUUACUGGAUAUAUUAUUGAAAAGAAAGAUACAAAGAGAAACAGUUGGUCUAAAGUUGGUAAAGUUGCUGCUGAUACAACAGAACACAAUAUUCCUGGUCUAACAGAAAAUACUGCCUACUACUUCAGAGUUAUUGCUGAAAAUAAAGUAGGACAAAGUGAACCCCUGGAAACAGAGAAGUCUACUUUAGCCAAGAGUCCAUUUGAUAAACCUUCAAAACCAGUAGGACCCUUACAAAUCAGCAAUGUCACUAGUAAUUCAGCCGAUCUGGAAUGGAAGGCCCCAGAAACAGAUGGAGGUUCUCCACUAACUGCCUAUAUGAUAGAAGUCAAACCAACUGGUAGAUCCACUUGGACAAAGGUUGGUCGUGUUGAUGGAAAUACCACAAAAUACACAGUACCAGAUUUGAAGGAAGGAAAUGAAUAUUAUUUCCGUGUUAUAGCUGUUAAUGCUGAAGGACAGAGUGAGCCUUUGGAAUCAAAGGAUACAGCAAAACCUGUUAAGAAAAUAUUACCACCUGGUCCUCCACGACAAGUUAAACCAUCUAAAGUAGGUCAAGAUUAUGCUAUUUUGGAAUGGAAAGCCCCAGUUGAAGAUGGUGGAUCAAAAAUAAAGGGUUAUAAGAUUGAGAAAAGUGAAGCCAAUUCUGAUAAAUGGGUGAAAGUAGCUGAAGUCAAAGCUUUUGAUACCCAAUAUAAAAUUACUGAUCUCAAAGAAAAUGUGGAGUAUUGUUUUGCUGUCUCAGCUGGAAAUGAAGUUGGUUUUGGUGAACCUGAAGAGACAUCUUCAGCUAUCAUACCAAAGAGAGCAGAAGGUCCUCCACAGAAACCAGUUGGUCCACUUACAGCUAAAGAUAUUGAAAGAACUUCAGCAACUUUGGUAUGGAAGCCUCCAACUGAUGAUGGUGGAUCUCCAAUAACCGAUUACAUCAUUGAAAGAAGAGAUGCCAAGCGUACAUCAUAUACCAAAAUUGAUAAGAUACCAGCUGACAAAACUGAGUAUAAGGCUCUGAAUCUUAUCGAAGGAACAGAAUAUUACUUUCAAGUUAUUGCUGUAAAUAAACAUGGUAACAGUGAACCACUAGAGAUGGAAAGCAGUAUCAAGCCAACUAGUGGAUUUGAUAAACCAUCAAAACCAACUGGACCUCUUGUCAUUGAUAAUGUCACAGAUAAAUCAGCUGAUCUUGAAUGGAAAGCUCCAGAAUCAGAUGGUGGGCUUCCUCUUAAAAAUUACAUCAUUGAGAGUAAAACAGCUACUAAAUCAGCCUGGUCUAAAGUUGGUAGUGUGGAUGGUAAUACAACUAAAUAUACUGUACCUGAUCUUAAAGUUGGUACUGAAUACUAUUUCCGUAUCAUAGCUGUUAAUGAUGAAGGCCAAAGUCCAGCUCUUGAAUCAAAGGAGACAGCUGAACCAAAAAAGAAAAUCACACCACCUGGUCCACCACAACAAGUUAAACCAUCUAAAGUAGGACAAGAUUACACUAUUUUGGAAUGGAAGGCACCAGUUGAAGAUGGUGGAUCUAAAAUAAAAGGCUAUAAAAUUGAGAAAAGUGAAGGAAAAUCUGAUAAAUGGGUGAAAAUAGCUGACGUCAAAGCUUUUGACACGAUGUAUAAAGUCACUGAUCUCAAAGAAAACUUGGAUUAUCAUUUUGCUGUUUCUGCUGGAAAUGAAGUUGGUUUCGGUGAACCAGCAGAAACACCUUCAGCUGUCAUACCAAGAAGAGCAGAAGGUCCUCCACAGAAACCGGUUGGACCACUUAUGGCUAAAGAUAUUGAAAGAACAUCAGUAACUUUAGUAUGGAAGCCUCCAACUGAUGAUGGUGGAUCUCAAAUAACAGAUUACAUCAUUGAAAGAAGAGAUGCCAAACGGUCAUCAUUUACCAAGAUUGAUAAGAUACCAGCUGAUAAAACUGAGUAUAAGGUUCUAAAUCUUAUCGAAGGAACAGAAUAUUAUUUCCAAGUUAUUGCUGUAAACAAACAUGGUCAGAGUGAACCACUAGAAACUGAAAGCAGUGUUAAACCCACUAGUGGAUUUGAUAAACCAUCAAAACCAACUGGACCCCUUGUCAUUGAUAAUGUCACAGACAAAUCUGCAGAUCUUGAAUGGAAAUCUCCAGAAUCAGAUGGUGGUCUACCUCUUAAAAAUUACAUCAUUGAGAGUAAAACAGCCACUAAAACAUCCUGGUCUAAAGUUGGUAGUGUGGAUGGCAAUACAACUAAAUAUACUGUACCUGAUCUUAAAGUUGGUACUGAAUACUAUUUCCGUAUCAUAGCUGUUAAUGAUGAAGGCCAAAGUCCAGCUCUUGAAUCAAAGGAGACAGCUGAACCAAAGAAGAAAAUAGUUGCUCCCGAAUCUCCAAAGCAGUUGAAGGUGACCAAAGUCGGAGAUGAUUUUGUUAUGUUGGACUGGAAACCACCUGCAGACAAUGGUGGGUCAAAGGUUACAGGCUACAAAAUUGAGAUCUGUGAAGAAAAAUCAGAGAAGUGGGUUAAAGUUGAUGAAGUCAAGGCUUUUGACACACAGUUUAAGGUCACUGGUUUGAAAGAAGGAACUGGUUACUUUUUUGCUGUAUCUGCUAAAAAUGAAAUUGGUUUUGGCGAACCUAUUGAGACCGAUAAAGCAGUCAAACCUAAACGAAAAGAAGGUCCACCAAGUAAACCAACAGCUCCAAUCAAGGCAAUAGAAGUAGACAAAACUUCAAUUACUCUAGAAUGGAAAGAACCUUCUGAUGAUGGAGGUACACCACUAACUGGCUAUGUUAUAGAGAAACGUGAUGCAAAGAAGAGUACAUGGAAUAAAGUAGAUAAGAUUGGUGCUGAUAAAACAAUCUACAAGGCUACAAACCUGAUUGAAGACACAGAAUAUUACUUCAAGGUGUCUGCCGAAAAUAAAAUUGGUCUCAGUGAACCUCUGGAAACUGACAAACCUAUCAAGGCAAAGGGUGAAUUUGAUAAACCAUCCAAACCAACAGGACCCCUCGUCAUCGAUAAUGUCACAGAUAAAUCAGCUGAUCUUAAAUGGAAAGCUCCAGAAUCAGAUGGUGGAAUUCCCCUUAAACAUUACAUCAUUGAGAGUAAAACAGCCACUAAAUCGGCUUGGUCUAAAGUUGGUAGUGUGGAUGGCAAUACAACUAAAUAUACAGUACCUGAUCUUAAAGUUGGUACUGAAUACAAUUUCCGUAUCAUAGCUGUUAAUGAUGAAGGCCAAAGUCCACCUCUUGAAUCUAGAGAGACAGCUGAACCAAAGAAGAAAAUCAAUCCACCUGAAUCCCCUAAGCAACUCAAAGUAACCAAAGUUGGCCAAGAUUUUGUCCUUCUGGAUUGGAAACCACCAGCAGAAGAUGGAGGAUCUAAGGUUACUGGUUAUAAAAUUGAGAAAUGUGAUAUCAAAUCAGACAAGUGGGUUAGGGUUGAUGAGGUCAAGGGUUAUGACACACAGUUCAAAGUCACAGAUUUGAAAGAAGGGACUAGUUAUUUGUUUGCUGUUACUGCUAAGAAUGAUGUUGGUUUUGGUGAACCCAUUGAAACCAAUAAGCCUGUGACACCAAAGAAAGCUGAAACAACACCAAGCAAACCUGUUGGACCAAUCAAAGCUGUGGAGAUUGAACGUAAUUCUGUGGUGAUAGAAUGGAAAGAGCCUUCAGAUGAUGGUGGUUCUCCAAUCACAGGCUAUAUUCUGGAAAAGAAAGAGGCAAAACGUCCAACAUGGACACGAGUGGAUAAAACCAAAGACACAAAAACUCAGUAUAAGUUCCAGAACCUUGUUGAAGGAACAGAAUAUCACUUCCGAGUGUCUGCUGAAAAUAAACUAGGAGUCAGUGAACCAUUGGAAACCAUUGAUACAAUCAAACCGAAGAGUCCAUUUGAUCCCCCUAGCAAACCAGUUGGUCCUCUAGAGUUCUCAGAAAUUACACAUAAUUCUGCUGUCAUAACCUGGAAACCUUCAGAAAAUGAUGGUGGUAAACCCAUUACCGGUUAUAAACUGGAAUAUCGUGACACACGCAGAUCUACAUGGAUGAAAGUGGGUAAUGUUAGCCCUGAUACUACAUCCUUCAAGGCUGAAGAUUUAACGGAAGGAACAGAAUACUUAUUCAGAGUUAUUGCUCUUAAUGAAGAAGGAUCUAGUGUUCCUUUAGAAUCAAAGGACACUGUUAAACCACAGAGAGUACUGGAGCCCCCAUGUAAGCCAUCUGGUCUACAUGUUAAAAAUAUUGGCAAGGACAAUGUUACCAUUGAAUGGCAACCCCCAAAAGAUGAUGGUGGGUCAAAGGUUACUGCUUAUCAUCUGUGCAUAAGAGAAGAGAAAUCCAAUGAAUGGAAGAAAGUUGAAUCUCUUCGUGCUUUGGAGACUAAAUUUACUUUUAAGAGUUUGAAAGAAGAUAAAGGCUAUUUCUUCUCUGUGGCGGCAGAAAACAAGCUUGGCGUUGGUGAAGCUCUGGAAACAGAAUCACCUAUUUCACCAAAAAGACCGCUUGAAAAACCAGGAAUGCCAGAGGGGCCCAUCAAAUUCACAGAAAUCAACAAGACCUUCUUGACAAUGUCAUGGGGUCGCUGUACGGAAGAUGGUGGAUCUCCCAUCACUGGUUAUGUCAUUGAAAAACGUGAAACCUGGAAAACGUCUUGGAGUCCCGUUACCACUGUGAAACCAGAUAUCACCAGUUAUUGUGUUCAAAAUCUUAAAGAGGGACAGGAAUAUUUCUUCCGUGUUUCUGCUGAAAAUCUCAUUGGAACAUCACAGCCGUUGGAAUCUGCAGGUGUUACACCAAAGAGCCCAUAUACUGUACCAAGCCCACCACAAGGACCAAUUGAAACAUCUGACAUAUUGGCUACCUCAGUCAAUAUUGCAUGGAAACCACCAAAAUCAGAUGGAGGCCUGCCACUCAAGUCAUAUAUUAUUGAACGCAAAGAUAAGAAAAGGAUGACAUGGGUAAAGGUAGACAAGGUCAAACCAGACAUCACAUCAUAUUGUGUUCAGAAUCUGACAGAAGGUUUGGACUACUAUUUCCGUGUAUUUGCGGAAAAUGAUGAAGGUGUCAGUGAAGCACUGGAAAUGCCCAACCCAGUCAAACCAAAACGAGUACCAGAAGAGCCAUCUGCUCCUAAAGGACCUUUAAGAAUCAGUGAUGUUAUGGAAACAUCUGUCAUUCUCAAUUGGCAGCAGCCAGAAGAUAAUGGUGGUUCAGAAAUCAAACACUACUUUGUGGAAUAUACCUUAGAUGAGAAAGAAUGGACUGAAAUUAGUAAGAGUGUCAAGACUAAUUUAAAAGCCAUGAAUCUCAAGACAGGAAAAGAACAUGUAUUCAGAGUACAAGCUGUAAAUGAUGUGGGUAAAAGUAAAUAUCUUGUAUCAGAACCUGUUACUCCUAAGAGAAAACCUGAAUUACCUGGUAAACCUGUAGGACCAUUGAUAGCUAUUGAAAUACAGAAGACCUCUAUCACCAUUGAAUGGAAACCACCAAAAGAUGAUGGUGGAGAACCACUUACUGGCUACUAUAUUGAGAAACGUGAUGCAAAGCGAACACAGUGGUCUAAGGUUCAAAAGGUUAAACCUGACAUCACAUCAUAUUGUGUACAAAAUCUAGCAGAAAAUAAUGAAUAUUAUUUCCGUGUAAUGGCUGAGAACAGUGUUGGUAUCAGUAAACCUCUGGAGUCCGAAAAAUUCACUGCUAAAAGUCCAUUUAACACACCAUCUGCUCCAGUUGGUCCACUUGCCAUCACUGAUGUAACAGAGGAAUCUGCAUCAUUGUCAUGGAAACCGCCUUCAGAUGAUGGUGGCACACCAAUUACGCAUUACAUUCUUGAAAUGAAAGAUAUGAAACGUAAUACCUGGACAAAACUUGCAGAAGUCACCGAAACACAGUAUGAUACCAAUAAGUUGAAUGUGGGUAAUGAAUAUUCCUUCCGUGUAAUGGCAGUCAAUGCUGAAGGAACCGGACCUGCAUUGAUCUCAGUUGAAACUGCUCAACCAAUGAAGAAAAAAGAAUUACCAGGACCACCAGAAUUUGUCAGUGUCUCCAAAGUUACCAAAAAUAACGUAGCCUUGGAAUGGGGUCCCCCUCUCAAGGAUGGUGGUUGUAAAAUAAUAAACUAUAAGAUUUAUAUAAAUGAACGUAAAGGAAUGGAUUGGACAGAUGUUGGUAAAGUGAAGGGUUACGAUACAACAUUCACUGUUACCCAUGUGAUUGAAGGCAAAGAAUAUUUCUUUGCUGUCGCUGCUGUUAAUGAAGUUGGUAUGGGCCAAAUGACUGAAACAGACAGACCCGUUAAACCACAGAAACCAGCAGGAAAACCAUCAGCUCCACAGCCACCAUUAGAAGCCAUUGAUUAUACUAAAGAAAGCAUAACAUUGAAAUGGGGUCCAUCUGAGGAUGAUGGGGGGUCACCAAUCACUGGCUAUGUUUUAGAGAAACGUGAAGGCUUUAAGGUCAACUGGUCUCAAAUUGUUACGACUGAUUCCCAGACUACAUCGUAUUGUGUUAAGAAUGUCAAAGAGUCUCAGGAUUACUAUUUCCGUGUCUAUGCAGAAAAUGCUGUCGGAAAAUCUAAAGCAAUUGAAACUGAGAAACCAAUGAAACCCAAGAGUCCAUUCUAUGUACCGUCUGCUCCUGAAGGACCAAUCAUAAUAACAGAAGUCACAGCAGACAGUGUAUCCAUAAAAUGGAAACCCCCAAAGACAGAUGGUGGUCUUGAACUCAAAUCGUUUAAUAUUGAGCGCAGAGACACCAAAUACACACACUGGAUAAUAGUUGACAAGGUCAAGCCUACAAUAACUUCUUACUGUAUUCAAAAUCUUCUUGAAGGCAGUGAAUAUUUCUUCCGGGUAUUUGCAGAAAAUCAAGAAGGUGUUUCUCCAGCAUUGGAGAGUACUGAAGGAGCCAUACCACGUGGAAUUCAUGCUGCACCAGGUAUAUGUACAGGACCUAUACGAUUUGAUAACAUAACAGAAAAAUCUCUAACACUUGACUGGUUGCCACCUAAAGAUGAUGGUGGUUCCAUGGUUACUGGUUAUGUCAUAGAAAUGGCUGUAGGUGAUGGAGAUUGGGUAAAGGUUGGAACAACUGAAGCUGGAGUUACAAAAUUCAAAGCCAAGGAUCUAAAGAAAGAUACCAUUUAUCAGUUCUGUGUCACUGCUGAAAACAAAGUUGGCCGAGGAAAAUCCCUUGAAUCAGAUACCAUCACUCCUACUGUUCAAGCUGCUUUGCCAUCCAAACCUGUUGGACCACUGAAAACACCAGAAGUCACACGUACAUCUGUCACCAUUGAAUGGCAACCCCCUAAAGAUACAGGAGGUGUACCACUUAAAUCAUACAUUAUUGAAAAACGAGAUGCUUUGCGCACAACAUGGACAAAAGCAGAUAAGAUUGAUGCAGCUGAAACAAAAUAUGUUGUUAGGAAUCUCACUGAAGGUUCAGAAUAUUUCUUCCGUGUUGCUGCCGAAAACAAAGCUGGUGCUGGUCCAUUCCUAGAAAUGGAUAAAGCUGUCAAAGCCAAAAGUCCAUUUGACAAACCAGCAGCACCAACAAAACUUAAAGUGUCCAGUGUAACUGACAGUACAGCAGAUAUCUCAUGGCAAGCACCUGACAGUGAUGGUGGGUGUCCAAUUAAAAACUAUAUCAUUCAAUAUAGAGAGUCUAGACGAUCUGCUUGGGUGAAUGCUGGUGAAGUGCCUGCUACAGAUCUAAAAUUCACUUUACCCAAACUGAUUGCCGGGUCAGAUUAUGUGGCACAAGUUAUAGCUGUCAAUCAAGAAGGUCAAGGUCUUCCAGCUGUAACAAUGGAAUCUUUUAGGCCAGAGAAAAUCAUUAAGGUUCCAGAUCAGCCUGAUUCGCUUCAUAUAAAGAAAAUCACAAAGAACGGCCUUACUUUAGAAUGGACACCGCCAAAAGAUGAUGGUGGAGCUCGUAUUAAGAAGUAUAUUGUUCAGAUGAAGAAAGGAGAUGAUAAAUGGGAGAGACUUGGUACCACAGAUAAUUACAGUACUUACUAUGAUGUAACAGGGUUAGCACCAGAGAAAGAUUACACAUUCUCUGUAGCGGCUGAAAAUCAAAUAGGUGUAGGAGAAAAGAGAGAGACAGAGAAAAUUAAACUGUCAAAACCAAUAAACCCACCUUCAGCUCCAGUGGGACCAAUGAUUAUAUCUGAUAUUCAACGUAAAUCAGUAAAAAUCUCUUGGAAUGCUCCAGAAAAAGAUGGUGGAUCUCCUGUCACUCGUUAUGUGGUUGAGAAACGAGAACAAUACAAGACUAUCUGGUCUCUUGUUGAUCAAGUUAAUGCCAAUAAACUGACAUGUGAAGUUCCAAAUCUCAAAGAAGGCAAGGAAGUCUCUUUAAGGGUCAUGGCUGAAAACAUGGCAGGUCAGUCAGAACCACUGGAAUCGGACACUGCUGUUUUACCAAAGAGUCCAUACUCUGCUCCAUCAGCCCCAGAAUCAAUCACUGUUGAAGAUGUCAAAGAAACAUCUGUAGAUCUUAAAUGGAGACCACCAGUUAAAGAUGGUGGCUUACCGGUCAAGAGCUAUACCUUAGAAAGACGUGAUAAACGGUAUGGUUCAUGGGUUAAAGUAACCACUGUAAAGGGAUCAAUCCUUAAUCAUUCUGUUGAGAAUCUACGAGCUGGAAGUGAAUACUUCUUCCGUGUCACAGCUGAAAAUGAAGAGGGUGUUGGACCAGCCUGUGAAAUGAAAGAACCAGUUAAACCGGUUAAGGAAGCUCGUGUUCCAGAAAAACCAGUUGGUCCACUGAGAUUCUCCAACAUCAAAGCAACAGAAGUAACUGUUGAUUGGUUGAAACCAAGAGAUGAUGGAGGAUCACCAAUCACUGGUUACCUUGUAGAGAUAUCAACUAAUCAAGAUGUGUGGACAGAAGUUACAAUUACCAAUGACAUGGUGACAAAAGCUACAGCCCAUGACUUGAAAACAGAUAAGAAAUAUUAUUUCCGUGUUUCUGCCAUCAACAAGGUGGGACGUAGUAAGCCUUUGGAAUCGGAUGCCAUUACACCUACCAAGGGAUUAAGUGCACCAGGUAAACCAGAAGGUCCAUUAGCUGCAGUUGAUAUUACCAAAGAUUCAGUAACACUAGAAUGGAAAGCACCUAGUGAUGAUGGUGGAUCACCUAUUACUGGUUAUUUUAUUGAAAAGAAGGAAGCUCUUAGAACCAUCUGGAACAGAGUUGAGAAAACACUAACAAGUGCUACUAAAUACACUGCAAGAGGUUUAGUUGAAGGAAGUGAAGUCAUGUUUAAAGUUUCUGCUGUUAAUAAAGAAGGAACUGGAGAAGGACUUGAAUCCAAACUGCUAAAAAUAAAGAGUCCUUAUGAUAAACCUUCAGCUCCUGUUGGCCCAUUGAAAUUUGACAAUGUCACCAAAGAUUCUUGCAGCAUUGAAUGGAAACCUCCUCAAAGUGAUGGUGGAACCCCUAUACUGAAAUAUGCAGUUGAAAUCAAGGAAUCCCGCAGGUCUCUGUGGGGAAGAGCUGGAAUGGUGGAUGGAAACACAACAAAAUACACAGCUAGAAAACUUGUAAUAAAGAAUGAAUAUGAUUUCCGUAUCAUUGCUAUAAAUGCUGAAGGUGAAGGGCCGCCAUUAGAUGGGAAACAAUCUAUCCAUCCUGUUGAGAAACAAGAAGUACCUGAGGCACCUUCGCAGCUGAAAGCUAUCAAGAUUACUGCUGAUGCUGUCACUCUGGAAUGGAAAGCACCUUCCAGUGAUGGUACAAUGAACAUCAAAAAAUAUCACAUCCAAUACAGAGAAGAUAAAGCUGAUAGUAAAUGGGUUGAUGCUGGAAAAGCUGAACCUUACAGUACCACUUUCCCUGUUGAAGGUCUAGAUGUAAACAAGAAAUAUUACUUUGCUGUCACAGCUGAAAAUGCAAUGGGACGUGGUGAACAGUGCACAACAGAUAAACCUAUUUCUCCCAAGAAACAACUCAAGCCACCAUCAGCUCCUGAGGGUCCUCUUGAAGUGAAAAAUAUCCAACGAGAUUCUGCCACUGUUUCCUGGAAACCAAGUUUAAAAGAUGGUGGGUCACCAAUUACACAUUAUGUUGUUGAAAAGAAGGAAGCCUGGAAAACAUCUUGGUCUAUGGUUGAUCGUGUCAGAGAGACUCAGACAACAGUUGAACUAAAGAAUCUUCAAGAAGGCACAGGCUACUUGGUGAGAAUUAUGGCUGAAAAUGUAGCUGGACUUUCUGAACCACUACAAACAGAUCAAGAUGAAGCCAUUGUACCAAAGAGUCCAUUCAAAGUUCCAUCGAAGCCAGAAGGUCCACUAGAAAUUGUUGAAUCAGAUGCCACAUCAGCUACUAUUCGCUGGCAACCACCAGAAAAUGACGGUGGUUUACCUGUCAAGCGUUAUAUUAUAGAACGUCGAGAUGUGAAAAGACAGGCCUGGAUAAAGGUGGACACUGUAAGAGCUGGAACACAUACAUGUUUUGUUGACAAGCUUAUUGAAGGCACCAAUUACAUGUUCCAAGUCUUUGCAGAAAAUGAUGAAGGCAUCAGUAAACCCCUGGAGUCUGAUGGAGCUGUUAAAAUCAGACGUAAACCAGAAGUACCUGCUUCACCAUCGGGUAAACUCCGUGGUAGUAAGAUAAUGCCUGACUCAGUCACACUAGACUGGAUGACACCAUUUGAUGAUGGUGGAUCACCAUUAACUGGAUAUGUCAUUGAAGCCAAAGAUAGCAAGUCCAAAGAUUGGUAUACAGUAGCUGAUAUUGAUGAUGGUGUUAACCGCCAUGUUGUUAGAAAUCUGAAGGAAGGAGAGCAAUACUAUUUCCGAAUAAGUGCUAAAAAUGCAGUCGGUAGGAGCAAACCAGUUACUAUGGAUACACCUAUCAAACCAAUGCGACCUUUAGAAGCACCUGGUGCUCCAAGAGGACCACUCAAGGCUUCAGAUAUCCAGAAAGAUUCCAUGACCCUUUCCUGGCAGACUCCAUUAGAUGAUGGUGGUUCUCCUGUUACUGGUUACAUUAUUGAUAAAUUGGACACACAAUCUGGAGGAUGGGUUCGUGCCUGCAAAGUUGGUCCAUCUGUCACAAGUUGCAAACUGUCAUAUUUAGCUGAAGGACAUGACUAUAACUUCAGAAUUUAUGCUGAGAACAAAAUAGGUGUUGGACAACCAUUGGACAUGAAAUCACUUGUGAAAGUAAAGAGUCCUUACAACCCUCCAUCAGCACCUGGUGAUAUAAAAGUGACAGAAAUUCUAGAUGACGCUGUGUUCAUUGAAUGGUCUCCUGCAACAGAGCUAGGAGGACUAGAUUUGAUUGGUUAUGUUGUGGAACGUAGAGAAGCUGGCACCAGUCAAUGGCAGAGAAUUGGACAUACUGAAGAUACUAAAUUCAAGUGCAGAAAUCUUCUUGAAGGACGUUCAUACAAUUUCCGUGUAUUUGCUGAAAAUGCUGAAGGUCUAAGUGAAGCUUCUAACCUCAGGAAACCAGUCAUGCCAGAAAGAUCACUUGAACCCGCUGGUGCACCAGAGAAUCUCGAUGUAACAAAUAUCGAUCGAAAUUCUGCUACCUUGAAAUGGAAACCACCCAAAUAUGACGGUGGAUCACCUAUUACUGCCUACAUUGUUGAACAGAAAGAAGGAAAAGCUGCUUCAUGGGUAAAAUCUGGACUAGCAGAUGCAUAUGAGUAUAACUACAUGGCUACAGAUUUAAUAGAGGGUUAUGAGUAUUUCUUCCAGGUUCGCGCCAAAACUGCUGCUGGACCUGGUAAACCUGCUGAGCUGAAAACUGCAGUUGUACCAGCUAAACCAAAAGGCAAACCGUCUAAGCCACUGGGCCCUCUUGAUGUUAGUAAUAUAACAGAUGAAGGUGUGACUUUAUCAUGGUAUAGACCAGAGACCGAUGGUGGCUCACCUAUUAGUGGUUACGUUAUUGAAAAAGCAGAUAUUCGAAGAUCUAAAUGGCUGAGAGUUGGAAAAACUGGUCCUAAUGACACAACCUAUGAUGUUUCUAACUUACUUGGUGGAGUCGGAUAUAUGUUUAGAGUUUAUGCUGAGAAUGAGAAAGGCCUAAGUGGUCCUUUGGAAAGUGAACGACCAGUAACUCCCAAGAGCCCAUAUGGUCCACCUUCACGUCCCAUGGGACCAAUUAAAUCUGUCCAGAUAACUCGUGACUCAGCUACUAUUGGUUGGCAACCACCAACAGAUGAUGGAGGCUCUCCAAUUACUGGUUAUAUUGUAGAAAGGCGUGAGGCAUCUAAAAAGACCUGGAUGUAUGUUGGACGUGCCACUGAAAAUAUUGAGUCUUACUUGGUUCCCUCUCUCUUUGAAAAUUGUGAAUAUUACUUCCGGGUCUAUGCUGAAAAUAAAUAUGGCCGAAGUGAAGCACUCACAUCCGAUUUCCCGAUUAUUCCAAAGAAAAUAUUCGGUCAACCUACAGCUCCAUCAGACUUACGAGCUCAAAAUGUAAAUCGUACAGCAUUAACAUUGUCCUGGUCUCCUCCAGACGGUGAUGAUGUCACACAUUUCAUCAUAGAAAAGCGAGAUGCUGAUAGUGACAAAUGGGAAAAGGUUGCUCGUAUUCCAAGAAAAGCUACCUCAUAUGAUAUCAAAAAUUUACCAGCAGAGGAAGCAUUCUCCUUCCGAGUUUCCUCUCAGAAUCCAUCUGGAAUCAGCGAAUCUACAGAAUUGCAUGCUCCUGUACAGCUACAAGCACGCAAAGGAAAACCAUUACCUCCAGCAGAAGCACCGGAAAUUUUGGAGGUUGGACCAAGUUAUGUUAAAUUGUCAUGGAAACCACCAGAGUCUGAUGGUGGCUCACCCAUAACUGGUUACUUUAUUGAACGACUGGAUGCCUCCGGACGAUCAUGGUUGCCAGUAAAUAAGUCACCAGUACAAGAACUAGAAUAUAAAGUCAGUGAUUUGUUUGAAGGAAACCAAUAUGAGUUCCGAGUACGAGCAGAGAAUUGUAAAGGUGUCAGCGAACCCUCACUAUCUACUGAUGCAGUUAUCUGUAAAGAUAGAAUUGCUUCUGAAGCCCCCAAAUUUAUUUCUGAAUUUGGUGAUUUGUCUGUACCAGUUGGUGAAAGAGCUUCCUUCUCUUGUAAUAUUACCGGUUUACCAGUACCAGAAGUUACAUGGUACAAGAACUAUCGUCAAAUAUAUGAUGGUCGUCAUUGUUGUAUUGAAAAGAGUCGAGAUCAAUAUAAAAUGACUUUAACAAAUACAGAAUUCAGUGAUGCUGGUGAUAUUGAAUGUCAAGCCAAGAACAGAUUUGGAACAGUUGCCAUCAGAGCAAAACUUACAGUUCUUGCUGGACCCAAAAUUGAUCUACCUCCAAGAUUUGGCGAUGGCUUACGUUUCUGUGUUGGUGAUACCAUCAAGAUUCGAGUACCUAUUUGUGGUUACCCAGCACCAAAAACCACUUGGAAAAAAGAAGAUAAAGAGUUAAAGCAAGAUAGAAAACGUGUUGAUAUCACUGGUACUAAUUAUCAGUCCACUUUGAUCAUUGAUGAUGCCAAGAAGACUGAUGAAGGACAAUAUUCAAUCACAUUAGAAAAUGAACUGGGAACAGACACCAUCCUUCUACCAGUUACUAUUGUUGAACCCCCAGAUGCACCUAGUAGACCAGAGGUUGCUAAAAUAGAUAAACAUGAAGUUGAUUUAGUAUGGACAGAACCUCUAUAUGAUGGUGGUUCACCAGUGACAGGUUAUAUUGUAGAGAAAUGUGAUUUAGAAACAGGUUUAUGGAGACAUGCCAUGGCCACUAACAAACCAUAUUGUACCAUCAGUUGUAUUGAAGAAUAUCGUCAGUUACAGUUCCGUAUUUUGGCUGAAAAUCAGUUUGGUAUCAGUAAACCAAGUGAAGCAACAGAAGUUGUACAAACUAAAGAACCAAUACCAAUAAUUGACUACGAUGACCUCUAUGAACGAGGUUUCCUGGGAUCUCUUGUUGAUGUAAAUAUGAUGAAGGGAGAUGUUCUUGGUAAAUAUAUCAUCUGUGAAGAACUUGGAAGGGGUGCUUUUGGAGUUGUAUAUAGAGCCAUUGAAAGAGCAACAGGCAAAAAUUGGGCUGCCAAAUUUAUUCACUGUCGACCAUUUGAAAAGGACUUGGUCCGAAGAGAGAUUGAUAUCAUGAAUGCACUGCAUCACAAAAAACUUCUCCAAUUACAUGAAGCCUUUGACCAACCUGGUGAAAUGGUCAUGAUUUUAGAAUUAUUAAGUGGUGGUGAAUUAUUUGACCGCUUGGUAGAACAAGAAUAUGAUUUAACAGAAUCUGAUUGUAUAACAUACAUGAAGCAAAUCUGUCAAGGUGUACAACACAUGCAUCAACAAAGUUGUAUCCAUCUCGACUUAAAGCCCGAGAAUGUGAUGUGUGUUACUAAAGACAGUAAGGAAGUAAAAAUCAUUGACUUUGGUUUGGCUCAAAAAGUGGAGGAGGGUAAAUCAAUCAAGGUAUUAUUUGGUACAGCUGAAUUCUGUGCUCCUGAAAUUAUCAACUUCCUGCCAGUAUCAUAUGCUACUGACAUGUGGUCUCUUGGUGUGGUUGCCUAUGUCUUAUUGAGUGGUUAUUCGCCCUUUGCUGGUGACAACGAUCAUGAAACCUUCUUUAACAUCAAUGGUGCAAACUUUGAUUACAAUGAUGAUGUAUGGGAAGGAGUUUCUGAAGAUGCUAAAGACUUCAUCAACAAACUUCUUAAUCAAGAUAAAAAACGAAGGAUGACCAUAGAAGAAGCCUUGGAACAUCCCUGGUUAAAUCCAAAACCCAAGAUUCAAGCAGAUGAAGUAGAUGGUGCUGCAGAAAAGAAACUUAAAGGAUCCCCAUUGUCAAGAGAACAUCAUAUUAACUACAGAGAUAAACGUAGACACAAGGAGGAUGAGUUGGAUAUAUUACCUAUUGGCCGCUUGUCCCGAGACAGUGCCAUCUUCAGAAAGGAAGGAGAGACAGGUGUCAUGAUGAGAGAAUUAAUCAUGGAAUUGCCAGAACAUAAACCUGUAGUAUAUGAAGCUAUGACAGACAUCGUUGGCUAUGAAGGUUCUAGAGCUCAACUUUCCUGUAAAAUUAUUGGUAAACCAACCCCAGACAUUACCUGGUUAAAGGAUGGAGAGGAAAUACAACCCGAUAAGAAAUUCCAGGCAACUUAUAAAGAAGGCGUGGCUAGCUUAACAGUAAAAGAUUUAGAACUAGAAGAUGUUGGUUACUAUACAUGCAUGGCCUCCAAUGAACUUGGUGACAUCAAAACUAGUGCUGAUCUUCAAGUUGAAGAGAUUCGUCACAGACGAAAGAAGAAGGAUACAGAUACAUCUAAACUGCAGGCUUACAGACCACCACAAAGUGACGUAAUAGAGACAGAAGUUCCCCCUGAGUUUGUUCUACCAUUAAUUGAUCAAAUUAAGAAAGUUGGUGAAGAUGUAGAAUUUACUGUGACAGUGAGAUGUCGACCCGAUCCAGAAAUCCACUGGUACCAUGGAGAAACAUGUAUGAAACCCACCGAUCGCGUUAUUUUUAAAGAAAAUAAGGGUGUAUAUCGUAUGAUUGUUAAAGACCUUCAUGUUACUGAUGCUGGUGAAUGGCGUUGUCAAGCUAAUAACCAAUUUGGUCAAACAUGGUCUUCUUGUGAUCUCAAAGUCCUAGAAUCCGUGCCAGCAGGCUGUGUAGCACCAGAAUUUACACAGAAACUGAUCAAUAUGACUAUUACUGAAGGUAGUCGAGCUAGAUUAGAAUGUAUGGUUACUGGAUCUCCUACUCCUAGUAUUGAAUGGUAUAAAGACAGAAAACGAAUUGACUCUGAUAGACGGUGCCGAAUCAGAAUGGAAGAAGAUGGUUUCUGUGUCAUGUCUAUCCAAGAAGCCAUGUUGGAUGAUAGUGGCGCUUACAUGUGCCGAGCUGUUAACGAAGCUGGUACAGCAUCAACAGAGGCAACCAUCCGCAUACAAAAAAUGGCAAUGGAACCAUCUUAUGGCGAUUCAGAUGAUAUGCUUGAUGCACCAGUGUUAAAAUAUCGCUACCAAUCACCACCAGACUUUACAGUUCAACUUAAAAAUAAAACUGUACCUGAAGGUGCCUAUGUCAAGAUGUCAUGUUCUGUCCUAGGUAUUCCUGCCCCUACCAUUCGCUGGUUUAAACAUGGUGAAGAGAUUACCAAAGAUAAACAUUACAGUUUUAGGAAUAAUUAUGGUCUUCUGUCUCUAGAAAUUAAUCAAGCGUCUAUACAAGAUAUUGGAUCAUAUACAUGUGAAGCUACUAACAGUGAAGGAACAGUAACAUGUAAUGCUUACCUUGAUGUGGAAUGUUUGGAUGAAGAGGUAACAGUACUUGACUUUUCUCGACCUAAAUUUUUGACACCAUUGGAAGAUGUUAGUGUCAAUGAAGGUGAAGAGGCUGUCUUUGAAUGUGUGGCUGUCGGAAAACCAAUGCCUAAAUUCAAAUGGCAAAAAGAUAUGAUUGAAUUAUGCCAGUCUUCAAGAAUAGAGCUAGUUGCAGAAAGAGAUGGAACAGCCAAGUUGAUUAUUAAAAAGGCUAAGGUUUCAGAUGCUGGUUUAUUCUAUUGUAUUGCCUAUGGUAAAUCAGGUCGAUGCAAGUGUUCAGCAACACUCAGAGUGAGAGCCGCUUCCCAAUCUCCACCACCAGAACGAUCUCAAUCUACCAAACAAGGUGAUCGUCUACAGAAAAUAUGGGCAGAUCGUUUGUACGAUUCACCAGAACAACUGACACAGCCUGGUAAACCCCCAGUUUUUACUCUACAACUGCAACAAAGUGUAGAACUGUUUGUAGGUGACAGGUUACGUCUUGACUGUUCUGUCGAUGGAUUACCUGCUCCCAUUGUAACUUGGCAUAAAGGAUAUCGUGAUCUGACUUAUGAUGCCAGACAUCGUAUGGUAAUGCUUGGUUUGAUGCACCAAUUUGAGAUUGAGUCAGUCAUGUUGAACGAUUCUGGUGAAUACAUAGUUCGAGCUACCAAUGUAUUUGGUAUUAUUGAAACAUCUUGUAAAGUUACCAUUAAACCACGACCAGAAGGAAUGGAAAGAGGUACCACUCCGAUGGUCAGUAAACCAGAAUAUGGUCCAAUGCGAAGACGAGCAGAUGGACGAACACCAAUAGCUCCAUUCUUUAUUAAACAUCUACCAAGAAAUAUUGAUGUAAUGGAAGGAAUGAAUGUUCGUCUAGACUGUAUAUUAAAAGAUGGUAAAGAAAGAAUAACUUGGCACAUGCAAGGAGCAGAGUCAGAAAAAGAUAAACUUGCCAAAGAAGGUUUUGAAGGGGAUUAUGUGCAAAUGACAGAUAAGCCACCAGAAGAACCAGUCAUUAAGCUAAAACCCAAAGAUGAGGGAAAACCAAAACAAGCUCCUUACUUUAUCAGUAAGCCACAAGAUGUAUAUUUGCCACUUGGAUAUGAGGCUGUGUUUGAAUGUGAAGUUGGAGGAAGUCCAGCACCUAUUGUCUCAUGGUCAAGAGCUGGAAAACCCUUGAAACAUGGAGAUAGUAUCAAAUUAGUUUCCAAGGGUAAUAAACACCAAAUCCAUAUUUCUUCCAUUGGGAAAUCAGAUGCAGGAAAAUACUCGGCAACCAUUUCCUCAUCAGCUGGGUCAGAUUCAGCAUAUGCUUCACUUGAAAUAGAAGUAAUAGAGAAGCCCUCACCAAAACCCUCACCAAGAUUAGAUCAAAGAAAAUCAAAGAAAAAUCUACCUUCAACAUUUGCCAAACCAUUAGAAGAAGAAGUGACGGCAGUGAAGGGAGAUAAUUUAGAUCUAGUUUGUUCUAUUGAGGGAGCUCUUAAAAUAGUAUGGGAAAAAGAUGGCAAAAAGAUUAAUAAAAAUGUAACUUCUGAUCCUGAUGGUACACAGACUUUAAGUCUGGCAAAUUUAAAAGAUCGGGAUAGUGGUCUUUAUGCUUGUGUUGCUACAUUCCCUGAUAAUAUCAUUAUUAAAACAAGGUCAUGGGUCAACAUCACAGAUUCCCCUACACCUUCCAUUUCAUCAGCUCAAGACAUAGAUGAUGGAAAUUUCAAACCCGAAUUUCAAUCUGAAUUAAAAGACAUCACAUGUCGAGAUGGAGAAAGUGUACUAUUACAAUGUAAGGUGAAAGGUGAACCCCGCCCUCAAGUCACAUGGCUCCGUGAUGGAGAAGAAUUAUUAGAUGGACAGGUAUAUCAAAUAAGUACUAUAGGUGAUAACUGUCAACUACAGAUUGUAGAAGUUUAUCCUGAAGAUGAAGGAAUAUAUUCAUGUAAAGCUGUUAACUCAGCAGGACAAGCUUCACUCUCAUGUAAACUGACAGUGGAAGAUGCCAUUUCAACAUUAGACCAUGCUUCUGUUGCCUCCUCUGUUGAAAAUGGUGUUUCUGAUAAAACACGAGUUGAAUCUUCUCAUUCAUUAAAACCAGUGGAAUUAAAAGUUGAUUUAAAGAAUGGAAUUGUUGAAGAAGAAGAAUUGGAAGUUAAAACUGUUACACAACCAGUAGCAGAAAUCAAACCUGUCGUUAAAGAUGUUGCUCCAGACUUUAUUAUUAAACCAAGGAGACAACUUGUAGAUGAAGGAGAAAGUACCAAGUUCAAGACUUCUUUUGAAGGGUCGCCCAACACUCAAGUUAUAUGGAGUAAAAAUGGCAAAGAGAUAACGCCUGAUGCCCAUUAUAAGGUGUAUGCAAAGGACGACUUUCACUUCUUGGAGGUAGUUGAUGUAUUACCAGAACACGGUGGAUCGUAUACUUGUGUUCUACAAAAUCCUGCUGGAUCUAAAACAACAUCCGUUGAUCUAGAGGUUUUUGAAAAACCCAAACCAGUCAAAGUUGCCCCACCGACUUUACUGAAGCCAUUAAAAGAUCAGUCAGUAGCACUAGGAGAAAGAGAUGUUAAAUUUCAAUGUACUGUCUCUGGUGCUGCUACUGGUGAAGUGACAUGGUUUAAAGACGGGAAGGAAUUAAGACAAGGCAGACAAUACAAGCUAAGAUUUGAUGGCAGUAUGGCCUACCUUGGACUAACCACAGCAACACAGGCGGAUUGUGGUGUAUAUGAAUGCGUAAUUAAAAACAAAGGCGGGGAAGUCAGAACUAGUGGUACUUUAAAUGUAGAAAAUGAAAAGAGAGAACCACCAUAUUUUGUACGAGAACUUGAAGAUAUGGAGGUUGAUGAUGGGGAUAAAGUAGAGUUGGUUGUAGAGGUCAAAGGUAGUGAACCUAUUAAUGUGUUUUGGAUUCACAACAAUAAAGAAAUAGCAAGAGAUGAUAUGGAUUAUCAACAAACUAGUGUCAGUAAAAAUGUUUUCAAAUUAACAAUAGCUAAAUCUGUACCAGGAGAUGCUGGAGCGUUUGUGUGUGAAGCAUAUAAUGAGUUUGGAGAUACCGAUACUUUUUGUAAUGUGUCUAUUAGAGAAAUUGAGAAAUCACAAGCCCCUGACUUUAUCAUAAAACCCAAACUUACAAAGGUGACUGAAGAUGAAAGUGCUAUGUUUACAUGUCGUGUAGUUGGCAUACCAUUACCUAAUGUCUACUGGGAGAGAAAUGGUAAAAUUCUACGGAGCCAAGAUAGAUAUCAGAUAUCCCAGAAUCAUGAUAAACACACACUUGUCAUUACCAAAACAACCAAAGAUGAUGCAGGAAAAUAUGUAUGUCGACUUGACAACCAAAUGGUAUCGAUUGUGCAUUCUACAUCUUUAAUUGUUCAAGAAAAGUCACCAGUUACAACCGAUUUUAGAUCUGUUCUAAAGAAAAGGUCAUCUUUAGGAAAUAUUGGAAAGCAAAGUAGCACGGAUUCAGAGAAAUCGGACAAAGAAAAUGACCGAAGAGUAUUCCACACUAUUUUAAACCGGAUGGAUGAUAGUUCACUAAAUAUUAAAAAGAUAGCCAAAGAAAGCCAUUCUGCUCUAAGAAAUAGGUUUGAAGAAAACUCAACCAAAGACUCCAGAGUGGCACCUGUUUCCAAUUCAUUCAAAUCAGUACAAAAUGGUAGUAAUGCUCCACGUGCAACAGCAGAAGUAAAACCAUUUCUAUCAAAUGUUUUGGCACAAACCAAAAAUAGCUUUCAAUCAAAGAUGGACACUUUCCAGAAAAAUACUAAAGAUUCAGAAGCUAAGAUAUCAGAAACCAACAAGUUAGUUGUGCGGCCAUUACCACGUGCAUUGGAUGUAAAAUUAAAAAAUGAAUCUAAUGUUGAGAAAUUCAGUGUUUUAAAAACUAAUGGAACCACUUCUGGCUUUUUAGAACUGAAGAAAGAAUCAUCAGUGAAACCUAGACAAUUAGCAAAACAAAUUGAAAUAGAUAAACAAUGGGAAUUAAAAACAUCUAAACCACAACAAAUAGACUUUAGAAAUGUUUUAAAAUCAAAAGACCAUGACAAAAAAUUUAACCAGCCAACAAAUGGUUUAACAUCCUUAGAGAAGGAUAAGAAAUCAACCGAAAUUCAUAAUUAUAGAAGUGUUUUAACUUCAAGAGACACAGUUAAGAAAUCAGCAGAAAUGAAAGAUGAUUUUAAAAAGUCUACUGAAAUACAUGACUUUAGAAAGGUGCUAAUAACAAAAGACCCAUCUCCGAAAGAGAGUGUGGAAACUAAAGUGAAAACUAAUUAUUCAGUGCAGCAUGACUUUAGAGGUGUUUUAUCAAAUAAGACUGAGAAACCACAAUUUGUGCAGAAUUUGUCUGAUAAGCGGGUAAAAUAUGGUGGUGAGGCAGUAUUAGCAUGUAAAAUAGAAGGAAUACCAGCACCAGAAAUAAAAUGGCAAAUUAAUGAAAAAGAAAUCAAACCAUCACGGUAUUUCCAGUUGAAAUUUGAGCAUAGUGUAGCAAGUCUAACUAUUAGUGAAGCUUUCUCAGAAGAUGAAGGAGAAUAUGUUGUUACAGCAAGCAACACAGCUGGUAUAUCCCAAAGUACUUGUCAACUUACAAUAGAUGAAUCAAGUUCACGCUCAUCAAGAUCUGACAGUCGUUCAAUAGAAGGAGCUGUAUCCUUUCCGGCUAAAAUACUCACUGUUACACCAGUUAAUGUUUCUGCUACAAAGGGUAAAUCUACAGAAAUAAAGGCAGCAUUUACUGGAGAACCACCACCAUCAAUCAAAUGGUAUAAAUAUAAACAUGAACUGGAAUCAGAUGGACGAAUCCAUAUAAAAACAUUGACAAACUCUAGUGUCCUAUCCAUCAAUAAUUUACAACAAGCAGAUGUUGGUAAAUACAGUAUUGCAGCUGAAAAUGAAUUGGGGUGUGAUAGUGCAACCAUAUCUAUCAGUGUUCAAGAGAUACCUUAUUGUCCCAUGGGUCGACCGUAUGUGAGCGAUGUUACAAAAUCAUCUGUAUCUUUAACAUGGUAUGGUCCAGCAUAUGAUGGUGGAAGUCCAAUAACAGCUUAUUGUGUUGAGUUAUGUAAAGGAAAUUCCAGAAAAUGGCAGACUGUAACCAAUAGUUGCAGGAAUACAUUUUAUCAAGUGGACACACUAGAAGCUAAUACACAGUAUGUGUUCCAGGUUCGUGCUGCCAAUAAACAUGGUAUCAGUGAACCUGGAGAACAAUCAGAACUAAUUUUAACAUUUGAUAAUCAGGAGUCAGAUUAUGAAUCAGAUGGAUACUCAGAAGUAUUUUCUCCCGGUCCUGUUUCCAUUACAGAAGAUGAGCUUCCUUUUGAACCAAGGAUUGUGACAAUUGAUAUAAACAGGAAAUUUGAAGAUUAUUUUGAGACCCUGGAAGAAAUUGGCAGAGGUAAAUUUGGUAAUGUAUAUAAAUGCAAAGACAAAAAGACCAAUGAAAUCUGGGCAGCUAAAAUUUUAAAAUGUCGAGAUAAAGAGAAACCUAAUAUAAGGAAUGAGAUUGAUGUCAUGAAUAAACUAAUUCAUCCAAAAGUGUUAAUGCUGUGGGAUGCCUUUGAAGCUCCACGUACAAUGGUGCUGGUGAUGGAAUAUAUCCGAGGAGGAGAAUUAUUUGAAAGAGUCAUCAGCGAUGAUUUUGAGCUAACAGAAAGAGAUGUUAUUCAUUUUAUGCGCCAGAUUUGCGAUGGUGUUGGAUAUAUGCAUAAAGAAAGUAUUAUUCAUUUGGACUUAAAACCAGAAAAUAUUUUGUGUAUAUCAAAUAGCACUAAUCAAAUUAAAAUCAUUGACUUUGGACUAGCUCAACACUUUAAACCUGGACAGAGUGUCAAGGUUUUGUUUGGAACACCAGAGUUUAUUGCUCCGGAAGUAGUGAAUUAUGAUGAAAUUAGUUUUUCAACGGACAUGUGGAGUGUUGGUGUUAUCUGUUAUGUUCUACUCUCUGGAUUGUCACCAUUUUCAGGUGACACAGAACAUGAAACAUUGUCGAAUGUAACUUUAGGAGAAUUUGACUUUGACGACGAUGCUUUUACCGACAUCUCAGACAACGCCAAAGAUUUUAUACAGAAUUUAUUAAUCAAAAAUAAAUCAAAACGUUUCACCAUUGACCAGUGUAAGAGUCAUCCUUGGUUGGCUCAAGAUGAAAAAAGAAUAAGGUGUAAACGGUUAAAUACCGAAAAAUUAAAACAUUUCAUGGCCAGGAGAAAAUGGCAGAAAACUGGAAUGGCUAUUCGUGCUCUCGGACGCAUGGCUACGCUGCAACGUAUGCUCAGCAACGAUAGCAUCAAAAGUCUCGAUUCAGGAGUAACCCAAUAUUCUUCUUCCAAACAGACGUCAAUAUCAUCCCCAUUAUCCAACGACGAGGAAGUUAGCUUCACGUAUGAUGAUCUACACAAGUCAUCCCCUAACAGCCAGACACCACCAACAAAUGUCCAAUCCACGCCAUUGACAACGGAACCAAUGAUAAUAAAGGCGAUUCCUAGAUUUAGUCUUGAGACAAAACUUAUGGAAUCUCAAACAUGUAGCCCGGAGAAGAAAAGUACGCUAACUAAUAACAAUAACAGUAUUUAUAAGGAUAAUACUCGUGCAAUAGAAAAUCACUGUGAUAAUCCGGACAAUGAUGGAUCCUUUGGUUUCCGUGUGAACAACGUAUCAUUAAGACGUGAACAAAGUGACUAUUCUUCCAGUGCUACUCCUAUUAUUUCCAAAAGGGAGACUGCAUCAUUACAGAAAAACUUUGAAAAAUUAGACUUAAACAAAUCAGACUCCACUCUUAAACCAAGUUUUGUGAAAGAAAUGGUGGAUUGUGAAGCGUUUACUGGGGAUGUUAUUCGCUUUGACGUCGUUGUUUCAAAAGACACUACUAUUCACUGGUAUUACGAAGAUGAAAAAAUAAUAGAAGAUUCGAGGCAUAUUAUCGAUUUCGGCGAGAAUGGACGAUGUUCAUUAAUUAUUCGUCAAGUUACGGAGGACGAUGAAGGCGAAUAUACUUGUGCAGCUUUAAACAAAAAUGGCGAAACUACAUGCUCGGCAGAGCUAAUAGUAUGCGGUUCAGGCGCCUUUUGAAAAAAAAAAGUAUUCACUCCUACGUCUUCCUUUUAACUUCACACAAACGAAUACACCCAAAUCAGUUCUUUUUUUUUUACAAGAAUUUGACAUUUCUUUUUUUAAAAAAUAUGCAAUAAUCAAUGUGGUGCUUAAUGUAAAUCCCCGCCUUCAGAGUAAACCAUAAUCAAUUCAAUAGAACUAGUAGCAUAAAUAUCGUAAUAUGUGUAUGUUAUAUUGUAUUUAGUAAACGCUUAGAAGACCGUAAAGUAACAAAGAAAUUGUACAGUGUAAUGUUUUUUGUGCGUUUCUAAAUUGCCUAAGUUUUUGUUUGGAUACAACUUGGUCAUUCAAUUCAAAGAUUUAGCCCCCUGAUCAUAAUACUUUAGAAAAACAACGAAUGACUGCUUGUAUUCAUUCAUCUUUCGUAUGAAACCUUUCGACCCUCAAAACUUAUCUUUAACCUUGGCAGGCAGUUCAGAAAUAGCACCAUAAAAUUUUUUUUUUAUAUUAUUAUAUUGUACAUAGAUAAAAACAAACUAUAUGCUCAGUUGAUAUGUUCGUAUGUAUAUUGAAUAAUUUGUGUAUUUAUUGUAAAAGAGAUGGGCAUAUAGUGUAAAAGUUUAUUUUUUAUUCUUAUUUGAAUUUGUCUCUAUUCAAUGUAAAGCAACAUAGUCAGGAAGAAGAUAACUUACAUGUUCUUACUUACACUGUACUAUUUCGGUCAUAAUUUAAAUAAAAACCUUCCCUACCCUUA